UGGGCAACAGUGACGUUCCAUCUUCCACACCAUGUGCUAAAGCUGGUCGCCAGUGCCAUCGUGAAUGAGCUGAAGAAGAUAAACCAGAAUGUCGCUGCGUUGUCUGUGGCCUCGUUCAUCAUGGACAGGCUCUCCUACCUCUUACCAAGUGCACGGCCUGAGCUGGGGGUGGGCCCAGGGCGCUCUGUAGAUAGGUGAGCAGGACCUUAAACCAUGACAAACCUCACCAUGCGCCCCAGAGGCGUUAAAAUCACUGAAUUAACCUUUAUCUCUCAAUACCAAUCUGAUGUAUUUUGUUCAUUUUGUUUUGCCGGCAUUUCUGAAAUUGAAAAGGUAUUGACAAAUGUACUCUUGCUGUCCGUCUUUCAGAUCGUUGAUGUACAGUGAGGCCAAUAGGAGAGAAACGUUCAUGUCGUGGCCCCACGCCGGGUACAGGUGGGCACAGCCUGACCCCAUGGCCCAAGCAGGAUUUUACCACCAGGUAGGCAGUGUAAGGACUUACCUCCCAUCAGCUCUCUCUAUCUCUAAUGCUUACAUAGUGAAGAAAUUAAUAUUUCAUCUUCCAAUUACAUGUUUAUCAUGUAUGCACACUAGUUUGCAUGCUUUUUGAGAGACAAGUUGCUGUAUGGCACACUAUUGCUGACGCCAUAUAAAAAGUAAAUGUAUUGCUGUACAUAAAGUGUAAUAGAUGAGUUGGUUUUUAUUGUGGAUUGCUGAGCCUCAUGGUGCUUGAUUUGGAGUUUCUCACUGUUGCCUUUCUUCUCUCUCUUUCGUUCCCUCUGCAGCCUGCCUCCACCGGUGAUGACAGGGCGAUGUGUUUCACAUGCAGUGUCUGCCUAGUGUGUUGGGAGCCCACAGAUGAACCAUGGUGAGUGAGGUAUACAGUGCCUUAGGAAAGUAUUCAGACCCCUUGACUUUUUCCAAAUUUUGUUACGUUACAGCCUUAUUCAAAAAUGGAUAAAAAAAAAAAAAUCCUCAUCAAUCUACACACUACCCCAUAAUGACAUCUAAAACAGGUUUUUAAGAUUUUUUUGCAAAUGUAUAUAUCACAUUUACAUAAGUAUUCAGACCCUUUACUCAGUACUUUGUUGAAGCACCUUUGGCAGCGAUUACAGCCUCGAGUCUUCUUGGGUAUGACGCUACAAGCUUGGCACACCUGUAUUUGGGGAGGUUCUCCCAUUCUUCUCUGCAGAUCCUCUCAAGCUCUGUCAGGUUGAAUGGGGAGCGUCGCUGCACAGCUUUUUUUCAGGUCUCUCCAGAGAUGUUAGAUUGGGUUCAAGUUUGGGCUCUGGCUGGGCCACUCAAGGACAUUCAGAGACUUGUCCCGAAGCCACUCCUGCGUUGUCUUGUCUGUGUGCUUAGUGUCGUUGUCCUGUUGGAAGGUGAACCUUCGUCCCAGUCUGACAUCCAGAGCACUCUAAAGCAGGUUUUCAUCAAGGAUCUCUCUGUACUUUGCUCCGUUCAUCUUUCCCUCGAUCCUGACUAGUCUCCCAGUCCCUGCCGCUGAAAAACAUCCCCACAACAUGAUGCUGCCACCACCAUGCUUCACCGAAGGGAUGGUAUUGGCCAGGUGAUGAGCGGUGCCUGGUUUCCUCCAGACGUGACGCUUGGCAAUCAGGCCAAAGAGUUCAAUCUUGGUUUCAUCAAAUCAAAUGUUAUUUGUCACAUGCGCCGAAUACAACAGGUGUAGACCUUACAGUGAAAUGCUUACUUACAAGUCCUUAACCAACAAUGCAGUUUAAGAAAAAUAAGUCUUAAGUAAAAAAAUAGUUAAGUAAAUAACAAAUAAAAAUAAAUCACCAAUAAUUAAAGAGCAGCAGUAAAAUAACAGUAGCGAGGCUAUAUACAGGGGGUACCGGUACAUAGUCAAUGUGCGGGGGCACAGGUUAGUCGAGGUAAUUGAGGUAAUAUGUACAUGUAGGUAGCGUUAAAGUGACUAUGCAUUGAUAAAAACAGAGUAGCAGCAUUGUAAAAGAGGGGGGGGGGGGCAAUGCAAAUAGUCCGGGUAGCCAUUUGAUUAGCUGUUCAGGAGUCUUAUGGCUUGGGGGUAGAAGCUGUUAAGAAGCCUUUUGGACCUAGACUUGGCACUCCGGUACCGCUUGCCUUGCGGUAGCAGAGAGAACAGUCUAUGACUAGGGUGGCUUGAGUCUUUGACAAUUUUUGGGACCUUCCUCUGACACCGCCUGGUAUAGAGGUCCUGGAUUGCAGGAAGCUUGGCCCCAGUGAUGUACUGGGCCGUACGCACUACCCUCUGUAGUGCCUUGCGGUCGGAAGCCGAGCAGAUGCCAUACCAGGCAGUGAUGCAACCAGUCAGGAUGCUCUCGAUGGUGCAGCUGUAGAACGUUUUGAGGAUCUGAGGACCCAUGCCAAAUCUUUUCAGUCUCCUGAGGGGGAAUAGGCUUUGUCGUGCCCUCUUCACAUCUGUCUUGGUGUGUUUGUUGGUGAUGUGGACACCAAGGAACUUGAAGCUGUCAACCUGCUCCACUACAGCCCCGUCGAUGAGAAUGGGGGCAUGCUCGGUCCUCCUUUUCCUGUAGUUCACAAUCAUCUCCUUUUGUCUUGAUCCCGUUGAGGGAGAGGUUGUUAUCCUGGCACCACACGGCCAGGUCUCUGACCUCCUCCCUAUAGGCUGUCUCAUCAUUGUCAGUGAUCAGGCCUACCGCUGUUGUGUCGUCUGCAAACGUAAUGAUGGUGUUGAAGUCGUGCCUGCCCAUGCAGUCAUGGGUGAACAGGGAGUACAGGAGGAGACUGAGCACGCACCCCUGAAGGGCCCCUGUGUUGAGGAUCAGCGUGGCAGAUGUUGUUACCUACCCUUACCCCCAGAUAAUGUUUCUCAUGGUCAGAGUCCUUUGGGUGCCUUUUAGCAAACUCUAAGCGGGCUGUCUUCCCUUUUACUGAGGAGUGGCUUGUCUGGCCACUACCAUAAAGGCCUGAUUGGUGGAGUGCUGCAGAGAUGGUUGUCCUUCUGGAAGGUUCUCCCAUCUCCACAUAGGAACUCUGGAGCUCUGUCAGAGUGACCGUCAGGUUCUUGGUCACCUCCAUGACCAAGGCCAUUCCCCCCCCCGAUUGCUCAGUUUGGCCGGGCAGCCAGCUCUAGCAAGAGUCUUGGUGGUUCCAAACUUCUUCAAUUUUUAAGAUUGAUGGAGGCCACUUGUGGACCUUCAAUGCUGCAGAAAUCUUUUGGUACCCUUCCCCAGAUCUGUGCCUCGACAUAAUCCUGUCUCGGAGCUCUACGGACAAUUCCUUCAACCUCAUGACUUGGUUUUUGCUCUGACAUGCACUGUCAACUGUGGGACCUUUAUUAUAUAGACAGGUGUGUGCCUUUCCGGAUCAUGUCCAAUCAAUUGAAUUUACCACAGGUGGACUGCAAUAAAAUUGUAGAAACAUCUCAUGGAUGAUCAAUGGAAACAGGAUGGACCUAAGCUCAAUUUUAGUCUCGUAGCAAAGGGUCUGAAUACUUAAGUAAAUAUGGUAUUUCUGUUUUUGUUUUUUUUAUACAUUUGCAAAAAUUUCAAAAAAACAGUUUUUGCUUUGUCAUUAUUUUAAUCCAUUUUAGAAUAAGGCUGUGACGUAAAAAGUGAAGGGGUCUGAAUAUAUUUCCGAUUGCACUGUACACACACACCACAUAACCUUCAGAUCGCACAUUCAUUUACCUCUCAACAACAUAAUGACUAUGCCCACAACCUCCCCAUCAGGUCCGAGCACGAGCGACAUUCCCCCAACUGUCCAUUUGUGAAGGGUGAGCACACCCAGAACGUGCCGUUGUCCGUCACGCUGGCCACCAGCCCCGCACAGUUCCCCACCGCUGAUGGCUCAGAUAAGAUUGCCUGCUACGGCUUCGGCAGCUGCCCCCACUUCCUGGCAGCCGCCACCAAGCGUGGCAAGAUCUGCAUCUGGGACUUGUCCAAGCUCAUGAAGGUAAGGCCGUGCUGCGUGGCUAGGCGGGAAACAUGAAGUACAGUUUUGUUGAUGUCUGCCUCCAUGUUUUGUCCUGGAUGUCUGGGCCCAUUCGUCAGACUUAAUUGACAUACAUAAAACUUAAGAUGGCAUGAAUAAACAAUACAUUAAACUAUGUGCAUAAGGUUAUUACUAAUGUUUGUAAAUAUGAUAUGAUGAUUCAUGAUGUUUUGUGUUCCCCUCAGGUGCACUUGAAAUUUGAAAUCAACCCCUACGACCCGGCGAUCCUGCGGCAGCUGAUUCUGUCUGGGAGCGAGCUGGCCCUGGGGACCCAGGAGUCCGGGAGGCCCACCUUAGCCUGGCUAGAGGACUCCUCCAGCUGCUCAGACAUACCAAAACUAGAGGGGGACAGGUACUACUGGACACACCUACUCUAUGCACACCUAGUCAAUGAAAGUUUCAAUGGAGUUAAGUGUGUGUAAAAGAGGAAAUGUGUUUGGAAUAGAUGUGACCUCUUUUCGUUUCUAUCUCUCUGCCAGUGAUGACCAGUUGGAGGACUCUGACAGUGAAGAGCAUUCCAGAUCAGAGUCUGUGACGGGUAUGAAGCCACUCUUCAAAUCUUGUUACUCUUUUGGUCCGUAGACUUUCUAGGUAUCCGUAAGUUGAACUAUCGCUUUUAUUUUUGUCCCCUCUCCUGUUCCCAGGCCAGACUUCCCAGAGGGAGAGCAUGGAGGUGAGCCUGGGCGUGACGGCACUCAGCCUCCUCCAGCAGCCAGAGAAGCUCCAGUGGGAGGUGGUGGCCAGCGUGCUGGAGGACACAGUCAAGGACCUGGAGGAGCUGGGGGCCAACCCUUCCCUGGCCCAGGUCAAGGCCGACAAGGCCAAGGAGAAGCCCGCGGAGCACCAGAACAUUCCCUUCCCCUGCCUGCUGGCUGGAGGCCUGCUCAGCUACCGCUCUGCCGCCAGCUCCCCGCUUGCCGCCCCACCCCCCUCCUCCGCCCGCCGCACCAUGGACGGCCCCCUCAGGACUCAGGGCCCAGAGCUCCCCCAUGCCGUGCCUGACCAGGGCCCUGUGGAGAUGGAGACCUGUAACCCCCCUCCCAUGGAGCUGGGCUCGCCAAACCCUAGCCGCGCCCGCCGUGCGCAGGACUAUGCCUGUGCUCUUGCUCUACAGCAUCAAGGAGUCGGACGAGAAGUCGUCGGGGAAGGUGUUUGCCCAGAUGAACAAUCUGAUGAGCAAGGGGCUGCACGAGGAGGGCUUCUCCGUGCCGCAGAUCAUCGAGAUGGAGUUCGACACCCACGAGCAGCUGCUGCUCCAGGACCCGCCCAUCACCUACAUCCAGCAGUUUGCAGAUGCUGCUGCAAACCUAGCCGCCCUGGAUGGGGACAAGUGGAGCUCGCUGGCGCCACGGCCCGGAGCCCUGGUGCAGUGUCUGCGGCUGCCCAAGCAGCUGGAGGAGGAGAACCUCUAUGUGGACUCCAUCACGCCCUGUUCAGACGGCGUGCACUUGCUUGUGGGGCUGCAGCCCUGCUCCGUGGAGUCUCUCAGCGCCAUCAACCAGGUGGAGGCCCUCAACAACCUCAACCGCCUCCACUCAGCUCUCUGCAGCCGCAGUAAGGGAGAGCUCCAGCCCUUGCCCACACUGGCCAAUGGCCACGAGGCCCUUCCCUGCGCUCCUCCCCCUCAGACCCCACUCAUCCUGCCCCCCCCUGACCAGCAACAACAGCCGUCCAGGCCCCUGGGAGGCUGUGGUGGUGGAGGCUAUCUGGCUCUCUACAAGCUCAACUACACCACCCGCAUUGUCACUCUGGAGGAGGAGCCUGUCAAGGUGCAGCACAUCAGAGACCCCCGGGACGCCGUCACCUCCCUCAUCUUGCUCCCGCCAGAUGUACUGGACGGGAGGGAGGAUGACAGCGAGGAGGCCCCAGAGGAGACACCUCAGCGUGGGCUUAAAAACGGCUCUGGCUGUGGCCAUGGGUGUGGGCCAGGGACUGGUACUAGCAGCACAGCUGCUCCCAGCAGCGCCAAGGUGAAGCAGGCGGACGUUACCGGACUGGGCCACCUGGUGGUCACCACUCAGGCAGGGUACAUCAUGAUCCUGGACCUGUCCACUUUGGAGGUCCUGGCCAAAGUGGAGCCGCCCAAGAAGGACGGGAUGGUGGAUGAGAUUGACCCUUUCGUCGCCGUCACCUACUGCUCCGGGACUGACCGCCUUUGCGCUUGCACUAAAGGUGAGGACUGCGCCACAAUCUAGGGCAGAAAUGUCGCUACUUCGAUUCCCCAGGUUUUAAUGGUGCAGAUGUUUUACUAUCAUUUUAAUAGUUGUAAUAUAUCGCACAACAGCUGGAUAGGUGUCUAGUAUGUAUGAUACAACAUUGAAAACGACUGCAAAAAAGCAACCUGCAACGCUGUGUGUGUGGCUGACAUGUGAGCGGGGCCUGGGGGGUGGGAUUUUGUUCUAGGGAUGGGGUACUGCUAAAGCUUUUCUUCUUCUGAGUCAGGUUUGUCUUUCAUCAUGUGUAUUGUGGUCUGGUCCACCAGCUGUUUUACAGUCUGUGCUGCAGGCUGGCUUUCAACGAGAGCGGAAAAGGAACAAGUUGUAAUAUAAGAUAUAUAUUUUAUAGCAGGCAUGAGUGAUUUUUAAGGGGAAUUCCAUUUCCUCUUUGGUAGAACAAAGAUACAGUUGUGAUUUAAAAUAAUGUCUGUAUAGUUGUAAUGUCUUGUCGCAGGCCAUCUUCUCAGCCAAGCACUUAGGCCUACUUCUUAGACAUGUCACUUUUGGAUCUAUUUCAUAUUUCGAAUGUUUUCAAUCUUACUACUGUCAUCUAAUCCCACCCCAGGUGGAGAACUUCAUUUCCUUCAAAUUGGAGGUGUGUGUGACGAUAUAGAUGACGCCGACAUUUUUGUCGAUGGCCCCCUUUCUAAAGGGGCUGAACAGCUAUUGGAGGGGACAAAGCCUUCCUCCAACCCCUCAAGCCCAGGGAUCACAGGUAGGAGAGACAGACCCCGUUACACUUCACGGCUCUGCUCUUUCUCUGCUCAUUCAAUAACUGUCUGUAUCCCUGUUCUUGCCUCAUUUCACCUUUGUUGGUUAUUUAAUAGGUAUUGAGAACUGAGUAGUCAUCGCUUAAUGGAACCUUCUUUCCAGUGAAAUCGUAUGCUGAUUGACAACAUGAUACUGUCCAGACUGUGAAAAAAAAUCAAUUUUCCAGAUUCAUAAAUUGUUUAUGUCCUGUGGCCUCCUUUUUAAAAACUCUGCCAACCUCUCCUCCCUGUAAGGAGUUGACCUCCUGGUGGAUCAAGCGUUGGCCGUGGAGAGCCUGACGUCGCUGGUGGAAUUGACACGCUUCGAGACGCUGACGCCGCGCUUCUCCGCCACGGUGCCGCCCUGCUGGGUGGAGGUGCAGCAGGAGCAGCAACAGCGCCGCCACCCCCAGCAUCUGCACCAGCAGCACCAUGGAGACGCUGCCCAGCACACACGCACCUGGAAGCUGCAGAGCGACAGGUACGGACAUGUGGGCGUGACAGGGUGUGUGCGCGUAGUCAGUGAGGCAUUUCUCGUAAGUCUAUCUGCAAACGCCACACACAUUAAUACAUAAACACACUAUUUCAUAAUGUUCUCUCACACACACACACACAACACUAUACAUUCCUCAUUGAGGACUAAAUCUACAUGUUCCUUUUUAACUAUGUUGACAUCUCACAAGCUCCUAUUGAAAACAAAAGUAGCCUAUUAUAUCUUGACUUUUAAGACUCUAGAAAGUAGAAUCUUAUUUGUGUAGGUGAAUAAUGUGGCCAUGUUUUCUUUGUGGUUUGUAGCUCCAGCUGGGACGAGCAUGUGUUUGAACUGGUCCUUCCCAAGGCCUGCAUGGUGGGCCACGUGGACUUCAAGUUCGUCAUGAAUGCCAACAUCACUAACAUUCCUCAGAUCCAGAUCACCCUGCUGAAGAACAAGGCCCCAGGUCUGGGCAAGGUCAAUGGUGAGGACACUCACCGCUAUCUCUGUUGCGUUGGCUAAUUUUGAAAAUGCAGUAUCUGAAACACAUACUAUGAAGAGGAGGACUGGUUACCAUAGAUAACUAGCCUUUUGCAGGGAAUUAUUGAUCAUAUCAUAUUUCAUUUUUAUUUCUAGAUGUCCAUAUUUGCCUCUGCUGCCUACUGUCUGUCAAUACGUUUAAAAAAAAUCAUUUUCUCUCCAGAGACGGCAGUUGACAGACAGAUCUCCUUCCCCCUGUCCCAUGUCCUCCAUGCCAACGGGGAGCGGAACGGACAGACACUUUUGCAAGACUUCACAGACGACAUCCAGUUCAUGGACAUCGAAGAGACACCAGGUAGAGAGCUGCAUGGAUAGGCAGCCAGGGUUGAUAGACACUGACUUUUCCUCAGUCAGUGUUUGACACUUGAUUAUUGUGGAUAGCGUUGGCAGAUUGUAGAUUAGUGUUACUGGUGAUUCUGUGGGUAAAGCAGCAAUCUGAGGGGUUCCUCAGCCCAGCAGAGGUUUCAUCACAUUGCUCUUCUCUUUCCAGGCUCCAGGCUGUGCACCUUCCUAGAGGACCAUAAGGAGGAUAUCCUGUGUGGUCCCGUGUGGUUGGCCAGUGGUCUGGACCUCUCAGGCUACGCUGGGAUGCUUAGCCUCACCAGCCCCAAGAUGGUCAAAGGUAACAAUAUCUGCAAACUUUUACACUGAGUCACAUUGAAGAAAUCUUACCAUGACUGUUUUUGUCCCUCCCAGUUUGUGUCCUCAACUUUUUGCUAUGAAUCCUCUCCCCCCGUCAUACGUAUUGUAUGUUAGAUGUUUACAGUGUAGUUUCUGCUGGUUUGUCCCUCUCCCUGCAGGCAUGGCCGGGGGCAAGUACCGCUCGUUCCUGGUGCACAUCAAGGCGGUGAGCGACAAGGGCAUGGAGGAGAGCCACAGGCCUGUGGUGAGGAUGCCCGCAGCCAAGCCGCAGAGCAGCAAGGGCCAUUCCCUCUCCACCCUGCUGCAGAGGGCACAGGCCACCAAGGUACAGAUGGCAAAGCAUUGGAAAACGAAUGCAAUUUUACAUCAAAGCUGUUUAUUUCAGGAGUCUUUCUCUGCACACCUGAGGCAUUUCUGACUGAUUGUGCAGUUGUGUAAUGGAGUUGUGUAAGUUGAGUGCAUGGAUAGCCUUGAUUGGAGCUUCCUCCUUUGUCUCCAUCUGGUGGGAGAUUAGUGCCAUUGCCAGGUUCUCAGUGAGAAGUUGGUGUCAAAUUGCUUUGAUGUGGCUUCCUCAUACCAGCAAUGUCCCGUUCUUGAAGGAGGACAUUUUCUCUCUGUUUACAGUUUAUAGCUCUAGAAUUUGGUCCUCUCUGGUGUUCCACUGUACUGUUAUCUGUUUUUUGAAAUGGCUGUCUCCCAUUUUAGGAAAAGGCCUCCACUUCCAAAGCAGAUUCUCCAGCUCAGUCGAAGAAACCUGACAACCUCCGCGGCUGCGACCUGCUCCAGGAGGUGUCAGUCACAAUCAGAAGGUUUAAGAAGACAUCCAUACCGAAAGAAAGGUUUGGUGCUUUCCUUAGUGCCUUUGUUUCACCGAAACACUGAACUAUUGUAGAAUCCCAACACCUUAAUCAAAUGCUUUAUUUCCUCAUCUUGCACUGUAUAUACCCAGCAUGCGCUGACCAGCUGGCAAGUGUCUUCACUGACAUUUUCAACCUCUCCCUGACCCAGUCUGUAAUACCUACAUGUUUCAAGCAGACCACCAUAGUCCCUGUGCCCAAGAACGCCAAUGUAACCUCUAAAUGACUAUCGCCCCGUAGCACUCACAUCUGUACUCAUGAAAUGCUUUGAAAGGCUGGUUAUGGCUCACAUCAACACCAUCAUUGAGACACUCUGGACCCACUCCAAUUCGCUUACCGCCCCAACAGAUCCACAGAUGACGCAAUCUCUAAUGCACUCCACACUGCCCUUUCCCGCUUGGACAGAAGGAACAACUACGUGACAAUGCUGUUCAUUGACUACAGCUCAGCGUUCAACGCCAUAGUGCCCUCUAAGUUCAUCACUAAGCUAAGGACCCUGGGACUGACACCUCCCUCUGCAACUGGAUCCUAGACUUCCUGACGGACAACAUAUCUGCCACGCUGACCCUCAACACGGGAUGCGUGCUUAGUCCUCUAGUACUCCCUGUUCACUCCCAAUCAAGUUUGCCGACGACACGACGGUGGUAGGCCUGAUCACCGCCGGCGAUGAGACUGCAAUGUGGUGCCAGGACAACAACCUCAACGUCAGCAAGACAAAGGAGCUGAUCAUGGACUACAGGAAACGGAGGGCCGAGCACGCCCUCAUUCACAUCGAUGGGGCUGUAGCGGGUCAAGAGCUUCAAGUUCCUCUGUGUAAACAUCACAAAGGAUCCGAACACCCCAACACAGUCGUGGAGAGGGAACGGCAUUCUCUUUCCCCUCAGGAGGCUGAAAAGAUGGGCCCUUGGAUCCUCAAAAAGUCUACCACUGCACCUUUGAGAGCAUCUUGACUGGUUGCAUCAACGCUUGGUAUGGCAACUGCUUGGCUUCUGCUAUGGCACUGCUUGUGCGUACGACCAAGUAUAUCACUGUGGCCGAGCUCCCUGCCAUCCAGGACCUCUAUACCAGGCGGUAUCAGAGGAAGGCCCUAAAAAUUGUCAGACUCCAGCAAGCCAAGUCAUGGACUGUUCUCUCUGCUACCGUACGGGAAGGGGUACCGAUGCACCAAGGAUUGCAACCAACAGGACCCUGAACAGCUUCUUUGCCCAAGCCAUAAGACUUCUAAAUAGUUAUCUAAAUAGCUGCCUGGACUAUCUGCAUUGACCAUUUUUUGCACUCACUUUUUUGACUCCUCACAUACGCUGCUGCUACUGUUUACUAUCUGUCACUUUAUUCCUAGUUACACACUGAGUGUACAAAACAUUAAGGACACCUUCCCAAUAUUGAGUUGCACCCUCCCCUUUUGCCCUCAGAACAGCCUCAAUUCGUUGGGGCAUGGACUCUACAAGGUGUCAAGCAUUCCACAGGGAUGCUGGGCCAUGUUGACUCCAAUGCUUCCCAUAAUGACAAAAAAUGACAAACAUAAUUGUGUCAAGUUGGCUGGAUGUCCUGUGAGUGGUGGACCGUUCUUGAUGCACACAGGAAACUGUUGACCGUGAAAACCCCAGCAGUGUUGCAGUUCUUGACACAAACCGGUGUGCCUGGCACCUACUACCUUACCCCGUUCAAAGGCACUUCAAUAUUUUUUCUUGCCCAUUCACCCUCUGAAUGGCACACAUACACAAUCCAUGUCUCAAGGCUUACAAAUCAUUCUUUAACCUGUCUCCUCCCAUUCAUCUACACUGAUUUUGAAGUGGAUUUAACAAGUGACAUCAAGAAGGGUUCAUAGCUUUCACCUGGAUUCACCUGGUCAGUCUGUCAUAGAAAGAGCAGGUGUCCUUAAUGUUUUGUACAUAUCUACCUCAAUUACCCCGUACCCCUGCACACCGACUCAGUACUGGUACCCCAUAUAUUGUCAAGUUAUUGUUACUCAUUGUGUAUCUAUUAUUACUUUUAUUACAUGUUUUACUUUUCUAUUAUUUCUCUAUUUUAUUUCUCUGCAUUGUUGGGAAGGGCCCGUAAGUUGACAUUUCACUGUUAGUCCACACCUGUUGUUUACAAAGCAUGUGACUAAUAACAUUUGAUAUAUUAUGAGAACUGACAUGUUUUGAUACUUGUUACACUAUAGUAGUAAAAAAAUGGUACAGUGGGGAAAAAAAGUAUUUAGUCAGCCACCAAUUGUGCAAGUUCUCCCACUUAAAAAGAUGAGAGAGGCCUGUAAUUUUCAUCAUAGGUACACGUCAACAAUGACAGACAAAUUGAGGAAAAAAAAUCCCGAAAAUCACAUUGUAGGAUAUUUAAUGAAUUUAUUUGCAAAUUAUGGUGGAAAAUAAGUAUUUGGUCACCUACAAACAAGCAAGAUUUCUGGCUCUCACAGACCUGUAACUUCUUCUUUAAGAGGCUCCUCUGUCCUCCACUCGUUACCUGUAUUAAUGGCACCUGUUUGAACUUGUUAUCAGCAUAAAAGACACCUGUCCACAACCUCAAACAGUCACACUCCAAACUCCACUAUGGCCAAGACCAAAGAGCUGUCAAAGGACACCAGAAACAAAAUUGUAGACCUGCACCAGGCUGGGAAGACUGAAUCUGCAAUAGGUAAGCAGUUUGGUUUGAAGAAAUCAACUGUGGGAGCAAUUAUUAGGAAAUGGAAGACAUACAAGACCACUGAUAAUCUCCCUCGAUCUGGGGCUCCACGCAAGAUCUCACCCCGUGGGGUCAAAAUGAUCACAACAACGGUGAGCAAAAAUCACAGAACCACACGGGGGGACUUAGUGAAUGACCUGCAGAGAGCUGGGACCAAAGUAACAAAGCCUACCAUCAGUAACACACUACGCUGCCAGGGAAUCAAAUCCUGCAGUGCCAGACGUGUCCCCCUGCUUAAGCCAGUACAUGUCCAGGCCCGUCUGAAGUUUGCUAGAGUGCAUUUGGAUGAUCCAGAAGAGGAUUGGGAGAAUGUCAUAUGGUCAGAUGAAACCAAAAUAGAACCUUUUGGUAAAAACUCAACUCGUCGUGUUUGGAGGACAAAGAAUGCUGAGUUGCAUCCGAAGAACACCAUACCUACUGUGAAGCAUGUGGGUGGAAACAUCAUGCUUUGGGGCUGUUUUUCUGCAAAGGGACCAGGACGACUGAUCCGUGUAAAGGAAAGAAUGAAUGGGGCCAUGUAUCGUGAGAUUUUGAGUGAAAACCUCCUUCCAUCAGCAAGGGCAUUGAAGAUGAAACGUGGCUGGGUCUUUCAGCAUGACAAUGAUCCCAAACACACCGCCCGGGCAACGAAGGAGUGGCUUCGUAAGAAGCAUUUCAAGGUCCUGGAUUAGCCUAGCCAGUCUCCAGAUCUCAACCCCAUAGAAAAUCUUUGGAGGGAGUUGAAAGUCUGUGUUGCCCAGCGACAGCCCCAAAACAUCACUGCUCUAGAGGAGAUCUGCAUGGAGGAAUGGGCCAAAAUACCAGCAACAGUGUGUGAAAACCUUGUGAAGACUUACAGAAAACGUUUGACCUGUGUCGUUGCCAACAAAGGGUAUAUAACAAAGUAUUGAGAAACUUUUGUUAUUGACCAAAUACUUAUUUUCCACCAUAUUUUGCAAAUAAAUUCAUUAAAAAUCCUACAAUGUGAUUUUCUGGAUUUUUUUUCCUCAAUUUGUCUGUCAUUGUUGACGUGUACCUAUGAUGAAAAUUACAGGCCUCUCUCAUCUUUUUAAGUGGGAGAACUUGCACAAUUGGUGGCUGACUAAAUACUUUUUUUCCCCACUGUAUGUCAUGAGAACUAACUGAUCCUUCUGUUUGUCUGUCUACUACAGAGUCCAGCGCUGUGCCAUGCUGCAGUUCCCAGAUUUCCAUGAGAAGCUGUUGAACGGGCUGUGUAAGCGGGAAGAGGAGGGAUCUGGCACAGAGCACUCCCAGAGCCUUAUCCUGGACUGCCUCUGCUGGCUGGCUGGAGUCUAUUCCAACGGACCCUGCAGGUGGGGCUAAGAGGAUGAAAGUGGGAUGCAAGAAGGAGAUAUGAUAUUCAUAGGGAUACUGAGAUCUCUCUACUCUUUACAUGCAGUAAUGAAAUCAUUGGAAUUCGACCAAAACAAUGGAAAUGCCAUGCACGCGUCCCCCCAUGGGAGAUGGAUCCGGAAUCUCCUCAUUGCCACCCAUCACAAUUAGCCAACAUUUAGGCUGUUAUUAGUGUAUUAUACGCUAUGUUAGGGUAAACAUCAGAGUAUAAUGCUUGUAUGGAUGUCAACCCCCAAUACAGUUCGUCAUCGUCACCAAUCAACUACAUUACACUUACAAAACUGCAUCUCCUCUGUAGCUCAAUUGGUAGAGCAUGGCGCUUGUAACGCCAGGGUAGUGGGUUCGAUCCCCGGGACCACCCAUACGUAAAAAUGUAUGCACACAUGACUGUAAGUCGCUUUGGAUAAAAGCGUCUGCUAAAUUGCAUAUUAUAUUAUUAUAUCAACUACCACCACAGAUUUCUAUAUGGCUAGCUAUGCUACCAGUUUAUACAAACAGGAGUUAGCAUUUAGCAGAACAUUUUUCUAAUCCUAAAAAAGGACAACUUCUAAAUAUUAUACAGCUAAAGCAAUCAAUCUGAUUUUAGUAACCACAUUGUGGGCCUGUUAGAACAAUUAAAUCAUGACGGAUUUGACGAAUAUCCACUUUGUUAGAUCAGAUGUUUAUGACGCCGUCCUUGCGCUAUCCCCUUCCAUUGUUCCUUUACCACAUGUAAAUGGCUCUGGGAUUUUCACACAAUGAUAUUGAAGUGUGUAUUUUAACAUUUUCCUUCCAGCCUGAGAGAAGGAAAGGAGGCUAUGCUGACGAAAACAAGGAAACGGCUGACAGACAUUGUGCGGGUGUGUUUUUUUGAGGCUGGACGGAGUAUAGCCCACAAAUGCGCCCGCUUUCUUGCACUUUGUAUUAGGUGAGUUAGGCUUUUCAUGAAUGUUGUGACAUCAUUUCGUGACCCAUACUCUUGGUGAUGCCUGUGUGAUGUAGUAGGUGUGCACAUUUGGAACUUGUUUUUAUGUCGUCAGUAAUGGAAAAGGGGAACCCAGUCAGCAGGGCUUUGGCAUGGGUCUACUGAAGGCUCUGCUGGACAAUAUGCCCUACUUGCCUGCAGCAGCAACAGGUGGUAAGUAGAACUGACGUUUUUUCCUGAUGUCAUGAUUUUGUUAUCUUUGAGCAUGGGUAGAGGUCUUCUGCAUUGUCAGCAGAAUUGUUUUGCAAGGCAUGUGUGUAAGUCUCGCUCUCUCACUCUCAGGGUCGGUGUUCUGGUACUUUGUGCUGCUGAACUAUGUGAAGGAUGAGGACCUGGCGGGCUGCAGCACGGCCUGUGCCUCUCUGCUCACCGCAGUCUCCCGGCAACUGCAGGACCGCCUCACUCCCCUGGAGGCUUUGCUACAGACCAGGUAGGCCUUUUCACCAUAUAGUGUCCUUACACACCAAUCAGGACAUAAAGAAACCAAAAAGCACUAGGUAUAAAGUUGUGAUUAGAGUACUAAAAGCUAGUUUGUGUUGAAUCCAGCUUGUCUCUUUGUGUAUUGUAAUGCUCUGUACCGUGUCUCUCCUCCCCAGAUACGGCCUGUACAGUUCCCCCUUCGACCCAGUGCUGUUUGACCUGGAGGUCAGUGGCUCCUCCUGUAAGAAUGCCUUCAACAGCAGCAUCGGCGUCCAGUCUGGCGAGAUUGACCUUUCUGAAAUUCUCUCAGGUCUGCACAACACCCACCACAUUCCACCUUAUUGCUUACACCUAUCCUAUCCCUUCAUCAAGAACUAUCAGGGAAAUAAACGUUGGUCUGGGCUGUACUCUGGUGUGUGUGACUUAACCUGUGUGUGUGUGUGCCUCUAGCAGGGAACGGCAAGGUAAGCAGCUGUGCGGCGGCCGAGGGCAGCUUCACGGCCCUCACUGGGCUCCUGGAGGUGGAGCCACUGCACUUUACCUGUAUCUCCACCAGCGACGGCACCAGGGUGGAGAGGGACGAUGCAAGCGUGUUCACAGGUACCUACCUCACCUCCUCUUUUAUAACCAGACCGUUUGUGAAACGGAAACAUUUAAACAUGGGCAUCUUCACGUUUCUUACUCAGGGAUUUUGAGUGAUACUCCUGACCUUUGCCCUCUCCUCCCAGUGAGCACGUUUGGGGUGACCCCAGCAGUGGGUGGCAUGUCGGCGGGCACGGUAGGCGAGGCGUCCACGGCUCUGAGCUCUGCAGCCCAGGUGGCUCUGCAGUCGCUGUCCCACGCCAUGGUGUCUGCAGAGCAGCAGCUGCAGGUGCUCCAGGAGAAACAACAGCAGCUGCUCAAACUGCAGCAACAGGUCAGGGACUCUAGCACCUACACCUGUAUGCACACCCAUACGCUUGCACAAAGGCACAGACAUGCAAUCAUGUACUCACACAGGUCCACGUAUACACACACACACGUCUUAUCUAAGCCCUCACUUGCCUAUACGCACACACGCGAAGAUCCUAUGUCAGACUUCACGUAUCCUGGUGUUGACUGUGUUCUAUUAGCAGAGUUGUAAUCCUGUGUGUGUUCGGAACAGAAGGCCAAGCUGGAGGCAAAGCUGCACCAGACCACCUCAGCAGCAGCUGCGGCCUCCGGCGUGGGGCCCAUCCACAACUCUGUGCCUUCCAGCGCCCCCGGCUUCUUCAUCCACCCCUCUGAUGUCAUCCCCCCGACGCCCAAGACCACCCCGCUGUUCAUGACGCCUCCGCUCACCCCGCCCAAUGAGGCAGUGUCGGCAGCCAUCAGUGUGGAGCUGGCCCAGCUCUUUCCCGGCACCAUGAUGGACCCACCGCCCGUAAACCUGGCCGCUCAUAACAAGAACAGCCAGAAGGCCAAGCCGGUCAGUAACAUACACAACUCUCAAUAGCACAGCAGUUAUGUUGUAAGGGCUUUACAUGAACACCAAGGGAAUUUUGUUACAAUUUGUCAAAUAAUGCAAAAUAUUUCAAAUAAGAAGUUAAUAUUUUACUAUAUGUUUUGACUUAAAAGCGUAUCUGUGUUUGUUGCAGAACCCCAUGGGCAGCGGUCUGGCGUUGGCCAUCUCUCAAGCCUCUCACUUCCUCCAGCCUCCUCCGCAGCAGUCCAUCAUCAUUGAGCGCAUGCACUCUGGUAAGUACACUUAGCUUUUGUGUCUCUUUACCUGGGUCAACAGUUGUAAAUUAAACUCAAGAGGAUAUAUCAUGAGUAGUGCCCUAGAUAACAAAUAGGGAUUCAUUUGAGAUGUAGCCAAGUUGUUUAGGUAAGCUCUUGUGUGUGUAAAUAUCUCCCCUCUUGUCCCAGGAGCGCGGAGGUUUGUGACGCUGGACUUUGGUCGUCCCGUGCUGCUGACAGACGCUCUGAUCCCAACCUGUGGGGACCUGGCCUCUCUGUCCAUCGACAUCUGGACGCUGGGGGAGGAGGUGGAUGGACGCAGGCUUGUAGUGGCCACAGACAUCAGCACCCACUCCCUCAUCCUGCACGAUCUGCUGCCACCCCCUGUCUGCCGCUUCAUGAAGGUCAGUGGCAUUUGUCCUCGCUCUCCAUUUCAUAGGUUAGAAUAAGUAUCUGAACUCUAAGGUCGUCAAAGAAAAAUACAAUUUGUUAUUUUUUUUGUGAGCAUUCUGUGAGGAAAUGACUGUGCUUAACAGCAACUAUUUCUCCACACCUUAACCUGUCCUCCUGUCAAUCACACCCAUCUACGCCCAACAGAUUACUGUGAUUGGGCGUUAUGGCAGCACCAACGCCCGGGCCAAGAUCCCAUUGGGCUUCUACUAUGGCCACACCUACAUCCUGCCCUGGGAGAGCGAGCUGAAGCUGAUGCACGACCCCCUGAGAGGGGAGAGUGAGGCGGCCAGCCAGCCUGACGUGGACCAGCACCUGGCCAUGAUGGUGGCCCUGCAGGAGGACAUCCAGUGCAGGUCAGAGGACGUACUAUUCCACUAGUUCGCUCACUGAUUGUCUGAUUUAGUGAGUCAAGGAGUUGGAAAGGUUUUAUGUUACAUACUUGACAUAGCCACAGUAGUCCAGAAUUAUUGUCAAUGUAUACUAAAGCGGUUAACAUAAACUGCAUACCCAGUUGACUCACCAUCUCUCUCUAGGUACAACCUGGCGUGCCACCGGCUGGAGACGUUACUCCAGAACAUCGACCUGCCUCCUCUCAACAGUGCCAACAACGCCCAGUACUUCCUGCGAAAGCCCGACAAGGCGGUGGAGGAGGACUCGCGGGUCUUUUCGGCCUACCAGGACUGUAUUCAGCUGCAGCUGCAGCUCAACCUGGCUCACCACGCCGUCCAGAGACUCCGCGUGUCCUUGGGGGCCGGGCGCAAGGUCCUGCCUGAACCCUACGACCCCCGGGAGCUCAUCCAGAACUCAUCCACCGAGCAGCUGAGAACCAUCAUCCGCUACCUACUGGACACACUGCUCAGCCUGCUGCACUCCAACAACGGUGAGAUAUCUGAGGUCUGGGAGGGCCACAGGGUCUGUAUCAGGGAUGGGAUCUACUUUUCUGACUCUAUCCCAUAUUCAUACAUCUUUUGAUGUUGGCCUAGCUUCAAACCAAUAUCAUCCUUUACCUGAUUGUCCAUUGUCCUAACAGCAUCCCUAGGGGACAUUGGUAUUGUCUUUCUUUCUGUAUGUGUGUCUGAUCUGCUUGGUGAGUCACACCUCCUCAAUACAUGUAUUUUCCCCUGCAUAAGCCUAAAGCAUUUUUGGACCUUAUAGCCAUGUUUGAGCAUGAAUUAUUUAAAGCGAUGAGAAUGUUUCAAAUUCAUUCUUACGUCUUUUUAGGAAUCAAUUAAUUUCUCUGCCCUCACUUUCUCUGCCUUUGAAUUGAAAAAGCAUACAUAUUUAAUGUUUGCUAUCCAUAUUCUCACAAGCCGUUCUGUAUGGUCUCUUUGAAAAAGUUGCUCUUUGAUAAAAACUCGCUUUUUAAAGUCGUUCAAAGUUAACCGAAAGCCCACGGCGCUGUUAAGUGUGCUUAACAAUUUCCUCCUCUCACCCAUCAAAUCCCCACUGAUGCUCCCUAGCAGCUCGUCAUACAGUUUCAUGAGUCUCCUCUCGUGAAAGAGAAUAGUGAAUUAGCCACUUGGUGCUGCCUGGCUUUAUACCUGCACUGUCUCUGUAGUUUACAGCAGUGGAAUGGAGCCUUUCAUUUUCUCUCUGAAGUGAAGAGCUGCUAUUUCAAGGGCUGGGGUUUUCUUCUCAUAUGAAACCCCUUUUCUAGGAUAAUAACUGUGAAUUAUUUUUUUUACUGUUGAAGGCUAUUUGAUUUAGUCAAGUGCAUUUUGUCAUUAAAUGUUUUGGGCCACCACUUGCUUUUUUACCCCUCUGCGAUUUCCCUCAUUAUUUAACAUACCCUCUCAGUUUCUUUCCCUGCAAUUUUUUUUUUCUCUCCCUCAAGCUUUCCCUGUCUCUCAUUUGACCUCCAUCUCUCACUCGCUCCUUGUUCUUCCCUCUAGGGCACGCAGUCCCGUCCGUUCUGCAGAGCACGUUCCACGCGCAGGCCUGUGAGGAGCUCUUCAAGCACCUUUGUAUUAGUGGCACGCCCAAGAUCCGUCUGCACGCUGGUCUUCUGCUAGUGCAGCUGUGUGGAGGGGAGCGCUGGUGGGGCCAGUUCCUCUCCAACGUCCUGCAAGAGCUGUACAACUCAGAGCAGCUGCUCAUCUUCCCCCAGGACAGGUGGGCUUUAUGAUACAUCUGAGGAACUAUCUCUAUCCACUAGUGAUGCGGGAAAAAAAUCGAUAGUUACAUAUCAGGAUAUUAUUUUUGACGAUGUAUCUUUUUGACAAUAUCGCAAUAUAAUUUUUGUGCUACUUUGCUGUACCUGCACAAAAACUCCAGUAUUUUUCCUUCAUAGCUUCUUCUCCAUCUGUCUUUAAAUAGGGAGCCGAUUUUGUUUUUUCAGCACUUUUAUUUCCAUGACUGAUCAAAACUCGUUUUCUCAUGGCUCUCUCUUGUCUGUCUGCAGCAGACAUUUGGUGAGCAAUAUGUUCACAGUGUCGAAUCCCAAUGCAUAUAGAAUCGUGAAAAUCGCAAUACGUAUCGGCACCUAAGUAUCGUCAUAAUAUCGUAUUGUGAGGUCCCUGGCAAUUCCCAGCCCUACAAUCCGCUGCACCCACACUGACAAACUGUAGCUCCUUGGACACAACACAAACUGACUACUGCCCAUUGAAAUUGGAUUCCAUAAAGAUAGGGGUUUGUUGUCACAUAAAGAUACUUAUGGGUUUGAAUGUAUCAGAAGCACCCACCCAGACAUAGCGAUUGUGUUUUACCAUGUUCCGGAGAUUGACCGUGUCCUCUGUGUCCUCCCUCAGAGUCUUUAUGCUCCUGUCCUGCAUCGGCCAAAGAUCCCUGAGCAACAGCGGCGUGCUGGAGGGGCUGCUCAACCUGCUGGACAGCUUGCUGUCCCCCCUACAGCAGCCCCGGGCGGCUACCCAGCGCAGGACUGAAGGUGGGCUAGCCGGAGGGUCCCUGGACUGGGGCUGGCAGCAAGGAUGGGGGGCUGGAGGGGUCCCUGGGCCCAGCACCAGCACCAGCACCGGCCUCCCGGGACCAUGGACUCAACCAGCAGCCUAUGAGUGUGUGUCUGUGUGUGCGGCAGGUGUGUUGGACGUCCCCAUGAUCAGCUGGGUGGUGAUGCUUGUGUCACGGCUGCUGGACUACGUGGCCAGCGUGGAGGAUGAGGCGUCUGCAGGCAAGAAGCACCAGGGAGGGAAGGAGAGGGAGCGCACCUUCACAGGUAGUGUAGUGUAGGCUAGUGCGGUGUAGCUCUCCGAUAAGAUCUGGUACUGAUGAUUUAUGAGGUCAAGAAAUCACAAAAGUGAUAAUAUUUCUUGUUUUGUCUACCAUAUUCACCUUUUUUUACUGUUACGCAUGUGGCUUUAAAAAAAUAAUAAUUAAGAAACAGCCUUGUAUGAGUGAUGUUAUAGGCUUAGGAGAGACCGUUAUCCUAUUACUCUUGGUUUUGAGUGGCUAUAAAAUUAAGUUAUUACAAUAUUUCUUCAGUUUUGAGAUCCAUUAAUCAUAUUAACAGGGUAAUGCAUAUUGAUUUGGAUCCCAAAACACAAGUUACUCCUUUUUCCAUCUCUCCAUGAACCUUUUUCAUGGACUUAUAAUAACGCCUCAUCUCCUCCAACAGCAUCAACCAAGCAACAGAACCAGACCGCCUGGGUCAGUCCGCAAACACGGUGCACCACAACAGAAUGUGUCCAAAUCCACAUCCGUCAUUUAACAGAGUGUGAUCUCCAUGUUUUUUCAUACCCUCCGAUCGUCCAAUAGGAUCCAGGGGGGAUAACCAAUGGGCAACUGGGAAAGAAAGACACCUUAGAAAUGACAGUAACGUGAAUCCCCCAGAAAAUCCGCAAACAAGUUGGUUUAAUAACUUAAUAUAAACACAAAUAAUCAAACUCUGAUGUAAGCAAUCCAGACAUAUUGGAGAAGGUCCGUCCAAAUUAAACAGAGAAAUGUAGAGUAAAAAGCACAGCUGUAGGAGUAAAGUCAAAUCCAUAACCCCAAAAACAGUAACUUUAAGUUUUUACUUAGUCUUACACACUGAGGUCCAAAUCCAACCAUGCUGUUAUUGGCACACAAACAGGUAAUGUGAUAAGCUGGUGCACAAACAGGAAAGUGAAAAUCCAACAACAAAAGCUUCAAACGCUGGUAAAGGCAUCCAGCUGAAAAGGCCAAAUCCAAAGUCAUUUUAAAAACUCAAAGGAAUUUGUUUUGACUAAUUCAAUCUGGAAAUGGAAUGAAUAAGUAUUAAGUAAUUCUAUUUCUAUGCUUUUUGUCAUGUUGGGAACACAUAUUAUAAAGUCAAAUAUCCUAAAAACUGCAUGUUUUGGGGUCAACUUUCAACAAGUUGCAACAGAUCUGCAUACACCUAUUUAGCAUAGCUUGUGAACCAAACACACUUACACAGGUUACAAGUAUGCUAGUUUCAAUAGAGAUAGAUUAAACCAUGUGUAUUAAUGGACUUCCACUGCCUGACAUUUGCCUCUCCAUCUCUCUUUCUCUCCAUCUCUCUCUUUGUCUCCCCCCAUCUCUCGCUCUGGCAGCACUUUAAGGACCUGAUCCGUCUGAGGCGGACAGCCGAGUGGCCCCGCUCCUCCCUGGACACGGAGACCACGGCCGCCAAGGAGCCCCCUGAGGUGGAGCCUCUGCCCUUCACCCUGGCCCAUGAGCGCUGCAUCUCCGUGGUGCAGAAACUGGCCCUCUUCCUCCUCUCCAUGGACUUCACCUGCCACGCAGACCUCCUGCUGUUCGUCUGCAAGGUAUGCACAGCCACAACUGAGUUCAGUUGAAUAGAGGGCACACUUGCUGCUACUACUACUAAUAAUAAUAAUGGCAAAGAUGGAUUUGGUUGGCUCUAAAUAAAUGGCUACUUAAAUAGAUAACUUUGUGACAAUCUAUGCUGUCACAUGGGCGGCAGGUAGCUUAGUGGUUAAGAGCGUUGUGCCAGUAACCGAAAGGUCGCUGGUUCUAAUCCCCUGAGCCGACUAGGUGAAAAAUCUGUCGUUGUGCCCUUGAGCAAGGCACUUAACCCUAAUUGCUCCUGUAAGUCGCUCUGGAUAAGAGCGUCUGCUAAAUGACUAAAAUGUAAAAUGUAAAUGUAACAUGUCUGAUUUGACUUUGCAGGUCUUGGCCAGGAUAACCAAUGCCACCAGGCCCACCAUCCACCUGUGUGAGGUGGUGUCGGAGCAUCAGCUGGAGCGUCUGCUGCUGCUGCUGGUGGGGACAGACUUCAACAGGGGGGACAUCUCCUGGGGAGGGGCCUGGGCCCAGUACUCCCUCACCUGCAUGCUGCAGGACAUCCUGGCAGGUAGGGGGUGCUGCUACAAUUCAAUUCACUGUUCAAUUCUCUCUUCGUUGAGGAACUCUGUUUUCCAGCAAAAGCUGGUAUUAAAGAGAACUAUAUAUUUGGGGAAUCCUUGCAUUGCUGGCAGUCUCUAGUCGUUUUGGUUUUUCCCAGCACUAACCUUGUCCUGUCCUGUCCCCUCUCCUCAGGGGAGUUGCUGUCCCCAGGGUCCCUGGAUGGUAUGGGUGAGGAGGCGGUGGGUGAGGAGGCAGGGGCAUCGUCGUCCUCAGCAGGGAUAGACUCUGAUGACUCCCUGGCCCAGCCCACGCCCAUCCCCCAGGUGGAGACCAUCGACGAGGCCCUGGCUCCGGAUAUUAUCGCAGGUACUCCUGGGACCUCCUCUGUUUUCCAAAGUGCGUUGGUAGGCCUGUCCUUGUCAACAUUUUACACAUGGACCCCCCUCACUGUAGAAUUAUGGAUGCAUUUGUGUUAAAUUGUUUGUAUUUUUUCCCCAUUUUAGCUAGCUGCAUGUUUACUUUAUUUUUUCAGUAUAAUAAGUUUAAUUCUGAAUGGACUGUUUGCCUUUUGGAGGGGGAGUUCAAACAGUGUAGCUUCAUUGCCUAUUAGAUAUCCAAAUGUUUUAAGGGGUAGUGGUUAUUUUCCUAAGACUAAGGGUAUUUCAUUUUUUUAUUUGUGCAAAAGCUGCACUACUUCAUGGUAGAAAUCCUGACUUGAGAUUUGGGUACUGAAUUCAAACUAUCACAAAUCUUCAUUCCCUAGACAUCAAAUGAUUUACACAAAAGCACAUAUUUUGUGCACUUAUACCAAGUCUGAAUGUUGGCCAAAGUUGUCAGAUUGCUGAUUUAUAGUGGGCAAACAUCCAUUGUUUGGACUCCCUCUCAACUGCAGAAAGAAAUGUUUGUAAGCCUUAAAAUUGCCUAGUAACUUCCUAAAACAAAGCCUCUGUGUGUUUGCUGGUUUUAGUGUGCUUGCUUGGCAAUAUUAAAGCUCUUUUCGUUAUCCAAAGGUGCUCCAUCUCUUUCAUCUUUGGAAAAAGAUCAAGACUUUGACUUACUACAAGACCUCAUGGAUGUUGAUAUUGAUCCUUUAGAUAUUGAUUUGGAAAAAGAUCCCCUCGCCGCCAAAGUCUUUAAGGUAUGUCAUUUGCUUGACUCACCUGUGUGUUCUAUUCCACUCCUCUCUUCAUGCUCUCUUGCAUUUCUAUUGAGUUCAGUAUUAACACAAUCAACUCUGGGGCUCAUAUGGAUUCAGGCCAAAAAAACAUGUUAGUACAUUAACUUAAAUGAACCCCACUGAUCAAUUAUGUAGCUAUACAAACUUCAAACCAUAGUGUUCAACCUCUUCUCGUAAUGCAUUUUUAAAUAAUGAUAUGUAAUACAAAGUUGUGCAGUCGUAUUGAAUCCCUCCCCAACACCACCUCCCUCUUAGCCCUGCACUUGAGUGUCAAAGCAAUUUUGUGUAUGUAGACCCAAUCAAUCAAAUUAGCAAACUUGGGAAAGUUUUUCUCUCUUCACUCUUACUUUUCUUUCUGAAAACUCCACCAUUGCAUGCAAAAGAAUGUAGUGUUAGUGUGCAUGGAAUAUUAUACAGGUACCUAGCAUCUGAGAAGAAUGACUGCAUUUGCGUUUCUCUUCUCGCUCUUCCUACAGCCUAUUAGCAGCACCUGGUAUGACUACUGGGGUGCUGACUAUGGUACAUACGGUUACAACCCCUACAUAGGGGGAGUAGGGAUUGCGGUGUCCAAGCCCCCGGUUGCUGCCGAAAAGCCGGGGUCUCAGAGUCUCUCUGUCUCCGUGUCACAAGGUAAGGGCCAUCCCAAACUUAGUCUCAGACAGGAUUCCACACUACUGCUUCUUUGUACUCUAGCAUGUUCCAUGCAUGUAAAGGAAUACAUUCCACCUUUAUAACCCUUACAUUUGACAUCUCCCUCAGCUCUGGACGCCCGCCUGGAGGUAGGGCUGGAGCAGCAGGCUGAGCUUAUGCUCAAGAUGAUGGCCACGCUGGAGGCCGACUCCAUCUUACAGGCGCUCACGUCAACAUCCCCCACAGGUAUAAACCUACCAAAAAAGUAUUUAUAGAUGUUUGGGAAUGUACACUUGAGUCUUGGGAAAAUAUUUCAAGCCUUGCGAAGCAUCAAAGAUGGCUGACCCUUGUCCCUUCUCUAUGUCCCUCUCUCCCCUCAGUGUCCCAGGCAUCCAAUGGGACGGAUGAUUCUCUGCUGCGGGGGCUCCGUGGGGGCUCCGCUCCAGGAAGCAACCUAAUGGUACAGCCCUCCUCCAUCCCCAUGCUGAGUGCCUGCUUCAACAAGCUCUUCUCCAUGCUCCAGGUGCACCACGUACAGGUCAGUCACCAACAGACGGUAUAGUCCAGGGUCUCUACUACUCCACAAGACUUGAAUGACUUGUUGCACAUCACUUUGUUUUAUACAUCCCUCUCCACAGUUUGGUAAUGAUGUGGCAGUAGAGGUAAUGUACCAUUCUCAAGAAUACGUUGGUUACCCUGGAUAAGUGGAUUUGUAGAUAAAGUACUCACAUGUGUUUCUGCCUUAGAUGGAGUCUCUGCUGCAGCUGUGGCUGACCCUCAGUCUCAACUCCUGCUCUGGGGGCACUGAGGAGAGUGGAUCGGAUAUUUUCAUGUUCAACGCCAGCAGAGUGCCCACCAUCCCACUCAACCAAGGUCAGAGGUCACCCUGUGUGUCUCUCCAUCCACUCCCUUCUCCGCUUAACUCUCAAACCAUUGGAUUUCUCUUGUGUGAAUCAUUCACUGUUUGGCUUUUCACAUGGGGAAGUGUACGUGUUUGUAUGUUAAACUCCUGUGUUUCCCUGCAGCCUCUAUCAACAGUUUCCUGUCAGUGCUAGCCUGGUACCCCAACACCUCCCUGAGGACCUGGUGUCUGGUGCUGCACUCCCUUACCCUCAUGACCAACAUGCCCUCCAGUGGUAAAUCCUAUGGUUUCACUCUCAAAACAGUGUCUGACAACUCUGACUGAUGUUUCCCAUUGAGGAUUGUGAAAUAGUAAAUGCAUGUUGAAGAUGCAGUGUAACCGAGGCCAAAGGACUUUCAAUAGUACUCCUUUUUAAUCAAGUGUGUUUUGGUCCUGUGUGUCUGUCAGCAGCCUCCACCAGUGGGAUGGGAGCUCAUGAGAGCACAGCCCAGCAGAUGGUGUCAGACCCUACGCUGGUGCACGUGCUCGUGCGCUUCCUGUCUGGGAGCAACCCCCAUGGCACCAGCCAGCACAGCUCCCAGGUCGGCCCCACCGCCACCCAAGCUAUGCAAGAGUUCCUCACCAGACUCCAGGUGCACCUCUCCUCCACCAACCCACAGAUGUUCAGCGAGUUCCUUCUCAAACUAAUGCACAUCCUGUCCACUGAGAGGUAGGUUGUCUACUCUAGAGAAUCAUCAAAAGCAGCUUUUGUUCCACCCCAGCACUUAAGACACGUAAUUCAAAUGAUAACUAAUCAUCGUCUUCAAUUUAUCUGUGUUAGAGCUGGGCUGGAACAAAAGCCAUCCUUUUGAAUUCAUCACAAAACAGUACAUUGAUUUGUUAGGAAGCACCAUCGUCAAUGAUCGCAUCUUUUCUCCUCCGCCCAUCCUUCAGAGGUCCGUUCCAGUCAGGCCAGGGUCCUCUGGACGCACAGGUCAAGCUGUUAGAGUUCACCCUGGAGCAGAACUUUGAGGUGGUGUCGGUGAGCACCAUCUCCUCUGUCAUUGAGUCCAUCACCUUCCUGGUGCACCACUACAUCACCUGCUCUGACAAGGUGGUGUCCCGCAGUGGCUCCGACAGCGCUGUGGGCGCCCGCGCCUGCUUCGGCGGCCUAUUCGCCAACAUCAUCCGGCCAGGUGACGCCAAGGCAGUGUGCGGUGAGACCACGCGUGACCAACUCAUGUUCGACUUGCUCAAGCUGGUCAACGCCCUGGUCCAGCUGCCGCUGUCGGGCGACCGCGAGUUCAGCGGGCGUCUGCCCCCGGCCGGCAGCGGGGCGUCGGACAGCAGCGUGUCGGACGAGGAGAAGGUGUGUGGCAGCAAGGAGGGGGCAGCGGGUGGGGCCACCCCUAACCAGGGCCCUGCGGCCGGAGUGGCUGACCUGGUGCUGGCCAACCAGCAGAUCAUGAGCCAGAUCCUCUCGGCUCUGGGUCAGUGCAACAGCAGCGCCAUGGCUAUGAUCAUAGGUAGGCUUCAUCCUCGCACGUCAACUUUUGUAAACUUUAUUUAGAAGGAUCCUGGAUUAGCAGAUAAAAUAUUCAUGUGCUUCUUAUUGAUAAUGCUUUACCUUCCUGUCUUUAGGUGCUAGUGGUCUCCACCUGACCAAGCAUGAGAAUUUCCAUGGAGGACUAGAUGCCAUCUCUGUAGGAGACGGCCUGUUCACCAUCCUCACCACCCUGAGCAAGAGAGCCACCUCGGUGCAGGUGAUGCUUCAGCCCAUCCUCACCUACAUGGCCUGUGGGUACAUGGGCAGACAGGUAAGACUGAGUUCAGCCCAUGACCAAACGGACAUCAUCUGUUUAGAGAUUUACUUGUUAAGAUUAAAGGAUUGAGAAAAAUAUAUUUGCUUUAAUAGUACUUCAGUUUAUUAGAUUUAUAAAUGUUCAACCCAUGGAUUCUGAAAGUUUUUCAAUCACAAGCAGUCUUUGUAUUUCUCCCAGGGCUCCCUGUCUACAUGCCAGCUGUCUGAGCCUCUGCUCUGGUUCAUCCUCCGAGUGCUGGACACCAGCGAGGCACUUAAGGCAUUCCACGACAUGGGUACACACACACACACACACACACACACACACACACACACACACACACACACACACACACACACACACCUACAUACAUACACGAUUGGGAAAUAUCCUAGUACUAGUAUACUGUACUGUCAAUUAGACAUAAUAGGUUGUUUGUAUUUGACCUGUGUGCAGGUGGGGUCCAGCUGAUAUGUAACAACAUGGUGACCAGCACACGGGCCAUAGUGAACACAGCACGCAGCAUGGUGUCCACCAUCAUGAAGUUUCUGGACACUGGCCCAGGGAAGGCUGCAGAUGGCAGCCUCAAGGCCCGGGUCCUAGCCGCCGAGCCUGACAACGCAGAGGGACUCCACAACUUUGCUCCGCUUGGUAUGUGGAGCUUCUCCUUUCGUGUUUAAUAGGUUCUGAAUGAUUGCAAGUUGUCUUUGUGUUUUCCCCUUUGACCUCUAUUUGUUGUAUAAUGGGAAUUGUUUCCUAUUUGUCCCUCUGCAGGCACCAUCACUUCCAGCAGCCCCACGGCCCAGCCGGCUGAGGUCCUCCUUCAGGCCACGCCCCCUCACAGACGGGCGCGCUCGGCUGCCUGGUCCUACAUCUUCCUGCCAGAGGAGGCGUGGUGUGACCUCACCAUCCACCUUCCUGCCGCUGUUCUGCUCAAAGAGCUGCACAUCCAGCCACACCUGGCCUCCCUCGCCAGUGAGUACUGCACCACAGCCCCUCUGGGGGACACUAGUGCAGACUAGUUGACUGAAUAGGAGACUGAAUUAAAUAUAAACAGUUCAGAGAAAUCUCUUGCAAAGCAAUAAACUUAGUUGUGUAAUUGAUAAUUUAAGGAAAACCAGCAGGACUGCAGCUCAGGUAUCAGCAACAGAGCUGUGCCACUCUGCUUUAGUGCCUUAAGGGCACACUGUCUACUUACCCCUUAAGCACAGAUUUCCUCAUGACUCACUUAUUUCACCCACUCAAAUAUUAACCUACCGCUGUCGACUGUAGUGCCAUUUUAAAUAUGCAAAACCUCACAUGGAUUUUUCAUGCUUCUAUCAAACACAACACACCAUUGUGCCAGACAGUACCAGUUGGAGAAGUUGAACAUAUUCCACCAUCUAUUAUCGCUACCCCUGACAAAGUCCCUUUGUCCUCUCCCCAGCCUGCCCCUCCUCAGUCUCGGUUGAGAUCAGUGCAGAUGGGGUCAACAUGCUGCCUCUGUCCACGCCCAUCAUCACCAGCGGCCUCACCUACAUCAAGAUCCAACUGGUGAAGGCUGAGGUGGCGUCCGCUGUGUGUCUGAGGCUGCACCGGCCCCGUGACGCCAGCACCCUGGGCCUGUCCCAGAUCAAACUGCUUGGCCUCACUGCCUUUGGAAACACGUCCUCAGCCACGGUCAACAACCCCUUCCUGCCCUCUGAGGACCAGGUCUCUAAAACCAGGUACAGACAUACUUGCCCUUACAGGAACUUCUGUUAAAUGUUACUUGAGCGUAAAAAACAAAAAAACACUAGUGCCACAGCAAAUCUCUCUACCUGACCUUGCCCUCUUUCUCUCAUAGUAUUGGCUGGCUACGUCUGCUCCACCACUGUCUGACCCACGUCAGUGACCUGGAGGCCAUGAUGGCCAGCGCCGCUGCCCCCACCGCCAACCUGCUUCAGACCUGCGCCGCCCUGCUCAUGUCCCCCUACUGCGGCAUGCACUCACCUAACAUCGAAGCCGUGCUGGUCAAGAUCGGCCUGCAGUCCACCCGCAUCGGCCUCAAGCUCAUCGACAUCCUGCUGAGGAACUGUGCAGCUUCCGGCACCGACCCUACCAGUAUGUAGCCUCCACAUGAAUAAAACGCUCAUUGAUCACAUGGUAAUUUGUGCAAUUAUACAUAAAUUAAACACAUCUUGUCCUUCAGGUCUGUAUGUCAAGGCACUAUCAUUUGAGUAUCUUAUAUAUGGAUAUCAAUGGCUAUUUUGUGAUUUCUCUGUCGUUUAGACCUGAACAGUCCCCUGCUCUUUGGAAGGCUCAACGGUCUCUCUUCAGACUCCACCAUUGACAUCAUCUACCAACUGGGAACCACACAAGAUCCUGGGACUAAGGACCGGUAAAGACCACUUAACAUCUACUGAUGUAGUGUUGAGCCUAGUACUGCUGGAUCUAUGUAAUCUGGGUCUGUGAAAGCGGCUCUUGAUAUGUUAAUAUUGACCAUGUAAUCCCUGUCUCUCCCUCCAGGAUCCAGGCCCUUCUCCAGUGGGUCCAUGACUCGUCGCUGGUGGCGGCCCACAAGAGGAGCGGCCCCUUGGGCUACAUGCGCCAGAGCAGCUCCUCAUCACGGGAGUAUGGCCUCGUCAUGCCCUCCCCUUCCCACCUCCACUGUGUGGCAGCCAUCUUGUGGCACAGCUACGAGCUGCCCGUGGACUACGACCUCCCAGUGCUGCUCAACAGAGAGCUCUUUGAGUAAGUGUUAAGGGCCUUUCACACCAAGCACGAUAACUGGAACGAUAAAAAACGGGUGCAUUCACACAAAAAAUCAAGAGUGGAGAACGAUAAUGAGAGCUAUGGUUUGGAUCACUUUUAGAGCGUUUAGUAUUUUUGGUCCCUCCGAUAACACAUUGACAACCAAUACAAAAUGUGUUCUAUUGAAGCGUUCUUGGUUCUAGGUACAGGAGGCUGCUUGGAGAGAAGGCAGCGUGCACAGUAAGCUUGCCUGAAUAAUUGGGCAUGUGUGAACGUAUUGGUGGCCACAUUAAUUAUAGGACGACUUGGGAGUGAUGAUCCUCGACAAAUAGAGCAUGAGAAGGCCAUAUUUUCCGAUGGUAGGCCUGUCUUUGUACCUUGCUAAUAUACCUUUCUGCACCUAGUAAACUUAAUAGACCUAUUUACUGAUCCAAAUGGUUGCAUAAUCAGGCCUAGGCUGUAUGCAGUUAUUUUGGCAUGAACCAUUCAAAGCAGGACGUUUGAGCGGUUAUUCAAAUCAGUCUACAUCACUGCAGUUUACAGCCCUAGACAAUAAUUGUGUACUCACUUGAUAACAAUAAUACACUCCUCAUUGCACUGUGUUGUAGCUUAGGUAUAAUAAUUAUAUUGUCUAAAAACGUAGGCCUAAUCAAUGUCCGGGACUGCAGAGCGCAUCAGCCUGGAGGAACGCACAGACCUGCCAUUUCAUAAUCUGUAUUUUUUAUUUAUUUUUUUGAAAGGUAAAAUAUUUAUAGCCCUACUAUUUAGCUAAUUAAUGGCCUAAUAUCUAGCUAAUAUUUAGCUUCUUACUUCGGCUACACAUCUCUAGCCUGUCUCUUCCAGCUGUUCCCGUGUGCAAUAGGCUAGGUUAUGCAAGCCUCUCCGCUAUUCCUCUUCAUGUGAAAUCGCAGGAAAAGCUAUAGGCUACAAAAGCUAUAGGACAUUUAUUUUAGCAUCUUUUAUACUAGGCCUAAAAGCCUUUUUUCGUGGAGAGAAACAGGCUUGCUCUUGCUAAAUGUAAAAUGGGCCAAAAUGAGCUGUUGCACAGGACAAACAGAGAUGAGAACACUGAAAAAGAUCCAAACAAAUUGACAAUCAUUCGAAAAAUGGAAAUCACUUGAGCAACGAGGCAAGCAAUGUAAAAGAUGCGCAGGCAAAAUAGUGUUUGUUGAAUUGCUACAUUUAAAUGAGUUUCUAUAUUUUUCAUUACACGUUCAUUGAAGUAUUAUUUGCAGUUGUCACUAUGACAAAUCACCCUGAGGUACUGAAUGUUCUUGUCACCGCGUUAAUAGGCAGCGUGCAGUAGGAUACAGUGAUCAGUUGAUUGACGGGUGUACAGCAGAACGAGAAACGGUCCACUGGUGUGGAUGCUCGCCAACGUUUGUAGUUAUGUAUAAUUUAUCAUUAUAGUUAUCGCCCUUGGUGUGAAUGGCCCUAUAUCCUGUCAGAAAAAGAAAACAGUUCUGUCCUUUACGCUCCAUAGCGCACCAACUGGGAUUUUGUGCUCUUUAUUUAGUCAUCAAAGGCUAAGCAGAGCUCAUGCUUUGAGCCAUCAGUGUUUGUAGAACAUCUCGUUUUUUUGUGGCCUGGGGAGAAUAAAUCUCCCUGAUGUUUCCAAGCUAGAUUCAUUCUAAAGGUUCUCCCAUCCCCCUCUUGUUACUGUAUGUCUUACACACAUCCUUGCAGACAUUUCUACUCUGUACACACAGUUUUAAAAAAAACACAAUGCCAACCUUUGGCUCCUUUCAUCUCUAAAACUACAUAUACAGACGAAUGAAAAAAGUGAAAAGAUUCAGAAGGAUUAUUAUGAAGGUUUUGGAUCUAGUGAUUUUAGCGGGAACGAUGUCAGUCGUUGGUGCUUUCUUUGUUUAUCUGAUUGUCCCCUUCUCUCCUGUAGACUGCUGUAUAACUGGUCCAUGUCCCUGCCGUGUAACAUGGUGCUGAAGAAGGCAGUAGACAGCCUGCUCUGCUCCAUGUGCCACAUCCACCCCAGCUACUUCUCUCUGCUCAUGUCCUGGAUGGGCAUCGUGGCCCCGCCCACCGCCGCCCAAUCUCAGGCCCAGCACCGCCUCUCCAUGACGGACGACGGAAAGAAGCAGCACGACCUCAGCAGCGCCAAUGCUAACGCCACCACCAGUGCCGCUGCCACCGGCCUCACCGAUGACUCCAAGCAUGCGCGGCCGCCCAUCGCCCUUUCCGAGUCUGAACUGGCCACUCUGGCUGCGGCCUCCCAGUCACCCGGGGCAAUAGAACAGCUGCUGGACUCAGGCCUGCCCUCUCUGCUGGUCCGCAGCCUGGCCGGACUCUGCUGUGGCCUCCUGGCUGCCGCUGACCUGCCCCUGCCUGCCACCGCCCAGGCUGAACGACGGCAACACCAUCACAACCACCACCCCCACUGCUCCUCCUCCUCUUCUUCAUCCUCCUCUUCCUCUCAGAGCAGGGUCCCCCUGUCUGCAGAGCUGGCAGCCCCAGUGCUGCGUUUCCUCACAGAGGUGGGGAACAGUCAUGCCAUGAAGGACUGGCUUGGUGGGCCGGAAGUGAACUCGCUGUGGACCGCUCUGCUGUUCCUGCUGUGCCACUCCAGCGCUAGCGCAGGGGGAGCCAGUGGUGUCCAGGGGCACACGGGAGCCCACUCUGCUGCCUCCGGUGGUGCGUGCUGCCCCCCUCCUCCACCGCCACCCCUGCCCUCUGGGUCACGCUACUCUCUAGCCUCCUCGGCCCGGGGCAGCGGGCUCACCACCCAGCAGAGGACGGCCAUCGAGAACGCCACAGUGGCCUUCUUCCUGCAGUGCAUCUCCUGCCACCCCAACAACCAGCGGCUCAUGGCACAGGUCUGGUGGAAUGCAUUGACUACACACAUUUCCACUUGACCAACAGUGUCUGUGAUGGUUUACUAACAUGUGUGUUUAUGGUGGUCUCUCCCUCUCCGUAGGUGCUGUGUGAGCUCUUCCAGUUGGCCCCCCAGCGUGGAAAUGUGCCCAUCUCUGGCAACAUCUCUGGCUUCAUCCGCAGGCUCUUCCUGCAACUCAUGCUGGAGGACGAGAAGGUCACAGUCUUCCUGCAGUCGCCCUGUCCGGUGGGUAUCAAGUUUUCGUAGGCUCUGAUCUCGGAUCAGCUCUCCAUACCCUCAAUCCUAAACUUAACCAUAAGGUGGGAAAAUGUCAAACUGACCUUAGAUCAGAGUCUUGGAGCAAUUUAAUUAUCCUACCUAUUGACUUGCAUUGGAAAGGAAUAAUGCUAUGAUGUGAUAUCCCCAGGUGGCCACAAGGGGCAAGCCCAGCGGUACAGACAAUCCCUCCUCACUCAAGGCUUUCCUCAGACUGAUGCUUGUCGGGGAAACGGCACCGCACCUCAGUCACAUCAAUGCUCCAUAUUUCACCCUCCUCAAUGAUCAGUUGUAAUGAGUGGAGUUUAGAGAGCAGUCACGGUGGGGGGGGGGGGGAGAAAGGGGUUUCAAUUGUCUAAAGCUAAUUUAAUUUUAACCUCCUACCUCUCGUUGUCCUCUGUUCUGCCCCAUCUCCUUUUUGAUGAAGUGUGAACAGUGUCAGGGAAGGGUGAGGGUCAUUCCAUGGACAAGGUGAAGGAUGACUGUUGUGCAUGGCAUGCCGAGAGGUUUCUGAUUAUGCACGACGACAAACCUACAUCUAACUUAGAGGAGGUCAUUUGUGUGCUAAAUUACACAAGGCAUCCUGGGAAUGACAUCAGUGAAGGUUAAUCAUGUAUGAUCAGUAGGUGAUUAAUAGCAGGGUGGGUCUACAUGCUAAUGUGUUUACCCAUUAGGUAAUGUCAGACAGUCCACUUUGUCUUGCCUUUACCCCCAAAUGUUUUUACUUACCGGUACAUCAGGCUUUUUCAGAUCUGCGGAAAGUUAAUGACGUACUCCAUACAACAUUUUGAUCUCAUCAGCAUUGAAAUUAUGACGUCAUUUGAUCUGUGAUAUUUAAGGAAGGAUCACUACAUUUCUCCCUAAUCUGCAUCUCACUGGAGGGAACUUGACAUUUUGAUUUGCUGUCAAUCAAAAAAAGGGUAGACUUUAUUAUGCUAGCUGCCAUACCAAGAUAUGGAUUCUUGAUCAUUGUUGUUCCUAUGAGAAGUGUAUCAGACUUGCCUAAAAGCCAAGGUGCAUGUUUCAAACAGCCUUUUAUAUUACAUCAUCCUAAUGGCUUCUCCUUCCAGGCUAGUGUCUGUGGUGUAGUGAGUUGUGUCAGGAAUGUGUACUGUGGGGACUGAAUGAGUGGGCUGAGGUUGUGUUUGGAGCUGCAGUGAGUUGUCCAAUGACCCUCAGUAGCUGAGCCGUGCUCUGGCAACACCAUGCCUGUCGCCUGUAGGUCUCGGAAAGCAAUAGAUGUCGCCUGGGAUGUUGUGGACAUGUAACAUUCAUGCUGAAUAAGAAGCCUUGUCAACUUCAAUAAAGGCAGAGGCAGGAGUGACAGAGUGGGAGGUCUUUAGCCAAGGCCGGCCUCAUUCGCUCUUAAUGUGGCCCUGCAUAGUGCUUCCAUAACUUGCGUCUCUCACUCGUAGUCAUGAUCAUUCAUAACAUUGGUAGUAGUGGUAUUAUGUACUUGGUCUGUCCUAAUACUUUCUCAUCUAUCUUCAGCUGUACAAGGGACGCAUCAACGCUACCAGCCAUGUGAUCCAGCACCCCAUGUACGGAGCAGGGCACAAGUACCGCACACUCCACCUCCCCAUCUCCACCACCCUGGCUGAAGUCCUGGACCGGGUGUCUGGUAUGUCUGCUGCCCCUACACAACCGUCACUAUUGAUGGGGACGGAGUUAUGUAAGAAGCACUGAAUCCAAUUUUUCUUUGUGCUCUAUUAAAUAACUGUUCCAUUUCCUAAAAUAGACAUUGUGACAGUCUCUCUAUAAACUAACCUGGCCUGUCCCCUUCUCCUUAGGGGGAUGGUGUCCACACUUAUAAUCUCAGGAAGCAUAUAUGCUAUGUCCAUUCAUUUGACAAGCAUUUCGCUGCACUGGUAAUAAUAUCUGCAAAUCUGUGUACGCGACCAAUAAACUUUUUGAUUUGAUUUGUGAUGAACAGCAGUUGAAGUGUGUUACGCAACAUCGAUGGGGAAUUACUUUAAAAAUUCUCCUUAUAGCCCCAUCAUCAACCACCUCAAUAUUAUGUGGCCUUCAGAUAAAGUGGAGCAGAGUGUCCAGUGCCACUCGGACAAACCCUCCUCCCACAGCCACAGACACACGGGAUCUAAAUGGGGGGGAAACCCAUUCUCCCUACGCUGCUCAUCAUUCAAGCAUUUUAUCCCCUCUCACUGGGUCCUUACAUUUGUGAAAAGGCAGACAUAUUUGAAGUUAAUGCACCUUUUCAGCACCUCGCACAUUGUCGGACACACACACAAAUGCAUGGAGAAAACACACGCACGCUCUCAAACACGAUAACUCGCGCGCACACACACAUAAUCUCCCUGGGCAUAAACAUUGACCUUUUCAGGCGACUGCUGCGUCCACUCACAGCUUCUCAUUAGCAUGAGUACGGAAGAAUGUCCCGCCAUAUUAGCGUUCCAGCAGGUGGAGAUAGCGCUCUGAUUUAAUGGCUACGAAGUUCAUCAGCUGGUGGUAACUGCGUUCAUAGAGAACAUCAGUACAAACUUUCACUCAACCUCCGUCCACAAGCCUAACAUAGUGGCAGUUAAAUGACACACCCUCGUGCCCCAUUCUUUAACCCUGCUGGUCAACUCUAUGAUUGAAAUUGCCCUGCGUGCGCUGCUGCACAGAUUUUUUUGUAUUUAUUUUGUGUUGGCCUUUACUAGAAGCCCCAGAGUUUGUAAGAAGCACCGAAUCCAAUGUUUCCUUGUGCUCUGUUAAAUAACCCCUCUCUAUUUCCUAAAAUAGUCGUUGGGCCCAGUCUCUCUAUAAACUGACCCGGCCUGUCCCCUUCUCCUUAGGGGGACGAUGUCCAUACCUAUAAUCUCAGGGUGCAAAUAGGCUAUGUCCAUUCUAGAUUAGAAAAGCCCUCUAAAAACAUGCACCCCCUUCAAAACAUGAUCGAACAGUAAUAUAUACCCAGAUGGGAGAAUUGUUCAAUUUAAGGCUUUAUCUGGUUGUCAAUGUUUAUUUUUUUGUUUAUAAAAUAAAUAAAUAUUUAACCUUUAUUUAACCAGGUAGGCCAGUUGAGAACAAGUUCUCAUUUACAACUGCGACCUGGCCAAGAUAAAGCAAAGCAGUGCGAUUAAAAACAACAACACAGAGUUACAUAUGGAAUAAACAAAACGUACAGUCAAUAACACAAUAGAAAAUCUAUAUACAGUGUGUGCAAAUGUAGUAAGUUAUGGAGGUAAGGCGGCAAUAAAUAGGCCAUAGUGCAAAAUAAUUACAAUUUAGUAUUAACACUGGAGUGAUAGAUGUGCAGAAGAUGAUGUGCAAAUAGAGAUACUGGGGUGCAAAUGAGCAAAAUAAAUAACAAUAUAAAUAACAAUAUGGGGAUGAGGUAGUUGGGUGGGCUAAUUACAGAUGGGCUGUGUACAGGUGCAGUGAUCGGUAAGCUGCUCUGACAACUGAUGCUUAAAGUUAGUGAGGGAGAUAAGUGUCUCCAGCUUCAGAGAUUUUUGCAGUUUGUUCCAGUCAUUUGCAACAGAGAAACUGGAAGGAAUGGCAGCCAAAGGAGGUGUUGGCUUUGGGGAUGACUAGUGAGAUAUACCUGCUGGAACGCAGACUACGGGUGGGUGUUGCUAUGGUGACCAAUGAGAUAAGAUAAGGCAGGGAUUUGCCUAGAAGUGAUUUUAUAGAUGACCUGGAGCCAGUGGGUUUGGCGACGAAUAUGUAGUGAGGGCCAGCCAACGAGAGCGUACAGGUCACAAUGGUGGGUAGUAUAUGGGGCUUUGGUGACAAAACGGAUGGCACUGUGAUAGACUACAUCCAAUUUGCUGAGUAGAGUGUUGGAAGCUAUUUUGUAAAUGACAUCGCCGAAGUCAAGGAUCGGUAGGAUAGUCAAUUUUACGAGGGCAUGAGUGAAGGAGGCUUUGUUGCGAAAUAGGAAGCCAAUUCUAGAUUUAACUUUGGAUUGGAGAUGCUUAAUGUGAGUCUGGAAGGAGAGUUUACGGUCUAACCAGACACCUAGGUAUUUGUAAUUGUCCACAUAUUCUAAGUCAGACCCGCCGAGAGUAGUGAUUCUAGUCGGGCGGGCGGGUGCAAGCAGCGUUCGAUUGAAGAGCAUGCAUUUAGUUUUACUAGCGUUUAAGAGCAGUUGGAGACCACAGAAGGAGUGUUGUAUGGCAUUGAAGCUUGUUUGGAGGUUUGUUAACACAGUGUCCAAUGAAGGCCAGAUGUAUACAAAAUGGUGUCGUCUGCGUUAUGGUGGAUCUGAGAGUCACCAGCAGCAAGAGCGACAUCAUUGAUAUACACAGAGAAUAGAGUCGGCCCGAGAAUUGAACCCUGUGGCACCCCCAUAGAGACUGCCAGAGGUCCAGACAACAGGCCCUCCGAUUUGACACAUUGAACUCUAUCUGAAAAGUAGUUGGUGAACCAGGCGAGGCAGUCAUUUGAGAAACCAAGGCUAUUUAGUCUGCCAAUUAGAAUGCGGUGAUUGACAGAGUCAAAAGCCUUGGCCAGGUCGAUGAAGACGGCUGCACAGUACUGUCUUUUAUCGAUCGUGGUUAUUAUAUCGUUUAGGACCUUGAGCGUGGCUGAGGUGCACCCAUGACCAGCUCGGAAACUAGAUUGCAUAGCGGAGAAGGUACGGUGGGAUUCAAAACGGUCGGUGAUCUGUUUGUUAACUUGGCUUUCAAAUACUUUCAAAAGGCAGGGCAGGAUGGAUAUAGGUCUGUAACAGUUUGGAUCUAGUGUCACCCCCUUUGAAGAGGGGGAUGAACGCGGCAGCUUUCCAAUCUCUGGGGAUCUCAGACGAUACGAAAGAGAGGUUGAACAGGCUAGUAAUAGGGGUUGAGACAAUUUCGGCGGCUAAUUUUAGAAAGAAAGGGUCCAGAUUGUCUAGCCCAGAUGAUUUGUAGGGGUCCAGAUUUUGCAGCUCUUUCCGGACAUCAGCUAUCUGAAAUUGGGUGAAGGAGAAGCGGGGGGGGGGCAUGGGCAAGUUGCAGCGGAGGGUGCAGAGCUGGUGGCCGGGGUAGGGGUAGCCAGGUGGAAAUUAUGGCCAGCCAUAGCAAAAUGCUUAUUGAAAUUCUCGAUUAUCGGUGGUGACAGUGUUUCCUAGCCUCAGUGCAGUGGGUAGCUGGGAAGAGGUGCUCUUAUUCUCCAUGGACUUUACAGUGUCCCAAAACUUUUUGGAGUUAGUGCUACAGGAUGCAAAUUUCUGUUUGAAAAAGCUAGCCUUUGCUUUCCUAACUGAUUGUGUAUAUUGGUUCGUGACUUACCUGAAAAGUUGCAUAUCGCGGCGGCUGUUCAAUGGUAAUGCAGUACGCCACAGGAUGUUUUUGUGCUGGUCAAGGGCAGUCAAGUCUGCGGUUAAUUUUUUGAAUGGGGCAUGCUUAUUUAAGAUGGAGAGAAAAGCACUUUUGAAGACCAUCCAGGCAUCCUCUACUGACGGUAGGAGGUCAAUAUCCAUCCAGGAUACCCGGGCCAGGUCAAUUAGAAAGGCCUGCUCGCUGAAGUGUUUUAGGGAGUGUUUGACAGUGAUGAGGGGUGGUCAUUUGACCGCGGACCCAUUACGGAUGCAGGCAAUGAGGCAGUGAUCGCUGAGAUCCUGGUUGAAGACAGCGGAGGUGUAUUUAGAGGGAAAAUUAGUCAGGAUGAUAUCUAUGAGGGUGCCCAUGUUUACGGAUUUAGGGUUGUACCUGGUAGGUUCCUUGAUAAUUUGUGUUAGAUUGAGGGCAUCUAGUUUAGAUUGUAGGACGGCCGGGGUGUUAAGCAUAUCCCAGUUUAGGUCACCAAGCAGUACGAACUCUGAGGAUAGCAAUUCACAUAUGGUGUCCAGGGCACAACUGGGGGCUGAGGGCAAGCGCCAACAGUGAGACUUAUUUCUGGAAAGGUGGAUUUUUAGAAUGUCAAGAGUGUGGUGGUGGGCUCCAGCUUUGUGACAGCAUGGCACAGUUAGCUGUGUGGCUAUGAUAAAUUGCUCUCCUCUUGGAACCUUGAGAACACCAGAUGGAGGCCUGAUACAACAGGGCUUUAUGAGGCUCUACCCAGUGAGGUAGUGGCAGGCUCUGUUAAUGAUACAGCACAGCAGAGACUGCUACAUACAGCUAGCGCUAGCCAGGGGUCUUUUAAAGGAGCCUGUGUUAGUGGCCCUUGGAAUUGCUAAUAGCAGAUGAUCUGCCAUCAAGCCCAUCUUAUCUGAACUCUCAGGGAAUGGAGGACUGAGAUGGGCUAGAUAUCUCUUGUUGAUUGCGUUGCCUUGUUUGCGCGUACGUUAGGGUUGAUGUCAAUACUUCUGUGCACAUGACCAGUUGGCCAGUGGCAUCUACUCUUUCACAUAAGUGGCUUGUUACCGAAGGGUGGCUUGUUACCGAAGGUUGGCUCUAACGUGGCCCGUCUCUCUCCCUCCCUCUUUCAGACACCCCCAGCAUCACAGCAAAGCUGAUCAACGAGCAGAAGGAGGACAAGGAGAAGAAGAAUCAAGAGGAGAAAGAGAAGAUGAAGACCGACAGUGGUUUCCAGGACAACUACAGCGUUGUCGUGGCCUCAGGUACGUUUGGCCCUCUCCGAUCUGUCAGCCUAUCAUGGCGGGCCACCGCAUCCCUUCCCUCCCACGCUUGCCAAUCAUUGUGGCUUAGCAUUAAUUUAUUUAUUCUAUAGCACCAAUUAGAGGGCAGGAAUUGUUUGGCUGGUAGCUGGGCUUCCAGCCCUAUGUUGAGCUACUGCACCGAAUGUAAAUGAUUGGUCUCUUUGUAUAUGGAAAUAAGCCCUUGAAUAAAAAAUUAUGAUUUUUACAGAUGCUCAUGUAAAUGGACAAAUGGCUAAAUAUCCCAAUUUUAUCUUAAAUCAAUUAAGUGUUUAUCUUGAAAUAUUGAAAGCACUAGACAGAAGAACCUCUGGAAUCACAUUCACUAGGAUGUAAAAGUGCCAUUUUACGUGAUAAAAUGACCCGUGUGUUUCCCUCUCAGGCUUGAAGUCCCAGUCGAAGAGAGCUCUUUCCACCCCUCCCCGUCCCCCUUCGCGGAGGGGCCGUGUGAUGAGCGACAAGCUGACAUCCUCCUCAGGUGUGGACCCCUCUGCCAAAACGCUCAGCGUGCCUGUCUUCCACCUCUACCACAAGCUGCUCCCAGGUACUGUACACACACACAGGGUUGUCAGCUCCCCUCCUUCCAGCACCCCCCCUCUGCCAAGGGAAGCCUAUUGAUCCGACCUGUUUAAUGAAGCAGUGACCUCAGUCAAUUCAUUGAGCCAGUGUGGCUGAGUGUCCUUUGGCUCGUUCUAGUGUGUAUUGCUGUGACCCUGGGGUGUCAAGGUAAAUGUUAAUUUAGCUUUUGAUACUUUAGACAUUGUGUCAAUACUGAAAAUCACAGCCAUCAAGAUCCAAGUAUUAACUAACUCUGGGAAGAUGAGCAAAAACAUGAUCAGACCUGGGUUUGCAAAGAUACAAAUGUACUAGGCGCAAAAGCAGCACUCCAUCCAUGAUGUCUUGUCUUCACAUGUAGUCAUUGUUAUCUAGGUCACUAGCCUUUAUGUCAUGUAGCUGUCAUGUAUUUCCUGACCCUCUGGGCCUGGUAGUGUGACCGGAGAGUGACCGCAAGGCUUUGGUUCGUCACUGAACACUGUGUCUCAUCCCUCCACCCCCCUCAGGUCAGCCCCUGCCGGCAGAGAUGACACUGGCCCAGCUGUUGACCCUGCUUUACGACCGUAAGCUGCCCCAGGGCUACCGCUCCAUCGACUUGACUGUUAAGCUGGGCUCCAAGGUCAUCGCCGACCCAGGCCUUUCCAAGACGGACUCCUUCAAACGGCUCCGCUCAGAGAAAGGUAUGUCAGAGCACGCACGUACAUACAAGCGCAUACUUGCAUUCAGACAUAAGCGCGUGCGCACACACACACACACAACCACACACUCCUUCUACCUCCCUCUGCGUCUGUCACUUUUCUUCUUGCUCUGUAGUUAGUGUGUACAGUCGUAGUCAAAGGUUUUGAGAAUGACACACGUAUUGGUCUUCACAAAGUUUGCUGCUUCAGUGUUUUUAGAUAUUUUUGUCAGAUGUUACUAUGGUAUACUGAAGUAUAAUUACAAGCAUUCCAUAAGUGUCAAAGGCUUUUAUUGACAAUUGCAUUACGUUUAUGCAAAGAGUCAAUAUUUGCAUUGUUGACCCUUCUUUUACAAGACCUCUGCAAUCCGCCAUGGCAUGCUGUCAAUUAACUUCUGGGCCACAUCCUGACUGAUGGCAGCCCAUUCUUGCAUAAUCAAUGCUUGGAGUUUGUUAGAAUUUGUGGAUUUUUGUUUGUCCACCCGCCUCUUGAGGAUUGACCACAAGUUCUCAAUGGGAUUAAGGUCUGGGGAGUUUCCGGACCCAAAAUGUUGACGUUUUGUUCCCCGAGCCACUUAGUUAUCACUUUUGCCUUAUGGCAAGGUGCUCCAUCAUGCUGGAAAAGGCAUUGUUCGUCACCAAACUGUUCGUGGAUGGUUGGGAGAAGUUGCUCUCGGAGGAUGUGUUGGUACCAUUCUUUAUUCAUGGCUGUGUUCUUAGGCAAAAUUGUGAGUGAGCCCACUCCCUUGGCUGAAAAGCAACCCCACACAUGAAUGGUCUCAGGAUGCUUUACUGUUGGCAUGACACAGGACUGAUGGUAGCGCUCACCUUGUCUUCUCCGGACAAGCUUUUUUCCGGAUGCCCCAAACAAUCGGAAAGGGGAUUCAUCAAAGAAAAUGACUUUACCCCAGUCCUCAGCAGUCCAAUCCCUAUACCUUUUGCAGAAUAUCAGUCUGUCCCUGAUGUUUUUCCUGGAGAUAAGUGGCUUCCUCGCUGCCCUUCUUGACACCAGGCCAUCCUCCAAAAGUCUUCGCCUCACUGUGCGUGCAGAUGCACUCACACCUGCCUGCUGCCAUUCCUGAGCAAGCUCUGCACUGGUGGUGCCCCGAUCCCGCAGCUGAAUCAACUUUAGGAGACGGUCCUGGCGCUUGCUGGACUUUCUUGGGCGCACUGAAGCAUUCUUCACAACAAUCGAACCUCUCUCCUUGAAGAUCUUGAUGAUCCGAUAAAUGGUUGAUUUAGGUGCAAUCUUACUAGCAGCAAUAUCCUUGCCUGUGAAGCCCUUUUUGUGCAAAGCAAUGAUGUCGGCACAUGUUUCCUUGCAGGUAACCAUGGUUAACAGAGGAAGAACAAUGAUUUCAAGCACCACCCUACUUUUAAAGCUUCCAGUCUGUUAUUCUAACUCAAUCAGCAUGACAGAGUGAUCUCCAGCCUUGUCCUCGUCAACACUCUCACCUGUGUUAACGAGAGAAUCACUGACCUGAUGUCAGCUGGUCCUUUUAUGGCAGGGCUGAAAUGCAGUGGAAAUAUUUUGGGGGGAUUAAGUUCAUUUUCAUGACAUUGAGGGACUUUGCAAUUAAUUGCAAUUCAUCUGAUCACUCUUCAUAACAUUCUGGAGUAUAUGCAAAUUACCAUCAUAAAAACUGAGGCAGCAGUUAAUAACAAAUUCUUAUUUACAAUGACGGCCUACAUUGUAAAAUGUAUAUUGGGAAAAUUAAUAUUUGUGUCAUUCUCAAAACUUUUGACCACGACUGUACAGUGAGCCCCGACCGUCUCUCUCCACGCGUUCCCUGACAGCCCAUUCCACAGAGGGAUUAAUGGCUCUCCCCCUUCACUGCAAUCCAUUUCUCUGUCUGAGCGCUGGGCCUCUGUCUCCUGAGAUGUCGUCAGGUGCCAUUACCAGUCUCUGGAACGGGUGGCCCAGUGUGCGAUGCAUACUCACUCUGCUGUUUUUCACUGUGUUGAGUAAUGGGGCUAAGGGAGCAAAUGUGUAUCCAGUUCUACAAUGAUGCUGUACACUAGUUGCGUCCAACUCAUUUUGCACCUGGGGCAGCAUUCGGUCUUCAACGAGGUCUGGAGGGCCGCACUGAAAGUUGGUUAUAUUUCCUUGCAGUCAAAAUGUGCUAAAAAUAGUCCUCUAUCACUUUCUAUGCUACCCGGCUGUUUAGCUUUCAUUGAGGUGAUUUUAUUAGGGCACUGGACAGUCAAGCUAUGAAUUGAGGUCCAUUAUCAUUUCUACACAAUUUUGAUUUGGUGGAGUCAUUUUAACGUAUAUUGAGUUUGUUUGGCCUGCCGGCCGUAUGUUUGGCACCCCUGCUGUACGCCUUCUCUCGCUCUUGGGCCGGGGUUUACUUUAGAUAGAAAGCUAUUAUUUUAUGAUCAUAAAUUGACUUCACUGUAAGAGAAAGAUGGAAAUGUGCGCUGUACGUCAAAUGAUUCAGAUCCAACCAGGGAAUCUGAGCUUGGACGAGGGAAUGGAGGCUUGAAAAUGGCAUGGGUGCAUCUUAAUGCCUUUAGCUGUAGUAAGUACAGGCCUGUGCCUUCAGUCUUUUUCCAUCAAGUCCCAUUUUAAUGUAAUGGGGUUAUUUUGGUCCCCCCUUGCAUCACCUAUUACCUGGUAUUCCUGCUUCGAAAGAAAAACUCUGCAUGAAAGCUCCCAGUGCGACCUGACCACCCAAUCAGAUUCCACCCUAUACUUUUCAAGCCCUGCUUGUUCCCAAAGCUGUUUUAGCCUUAAACGUUGGGGAAACCUUUAUACAAGAUUCACGUCCUCUAUAAAUCUCACUAUAACAUCUAUAAAAGAUUCAUGUCUGAUAUAGAUUUUAUACUAACACACUACGCUCCAUGUAAUGGUUUCAUGUGGUGUGGUAAAUGUUAUUAGUCUUGCAUUGGAGCAGGAUUUUAAGGGUGAUGUACUAGAUUUAGCCUCCCCUCUCCUAGUCAGUACCAGGUCACACAUGAUGAUAUGGGGAGGAUACGUUCUGCACAUUACGAUAUGACAGCCAGCCAGAACAGUUGAUGUCUCAGUUUGAUGAUGUCAGCACUAGUAAUGUGCAAACCUGGUAAGAUCGUUUGGUUGCCUGGUUCAAUAAUCCAGUGAUUUUACUAGUAGCCUACGGCUACACAAACACCAUCUUUAGGUGCCGUCUCAGCCAUAAUGCAUUCAAACGGAACUAAUAGCUGACAAAACAGAGUCCAAAUCUAGGUGUUUGCGCUUACAAAUGUGUUAAUACAAGUGUGUAGUCCAAACUAAUCUGAUUUUAAAAAAUCCACUACACCCUGUAAUUCCAUACCAUUAGGGCUCAAUUCAAUGUAGUUUCCACUAACUCUGCGGUAAGAUAUUGUUUGCAGUAAGAUAUUGUUUGCUUUACAUAGAAACCCACUUUAGUGCCUUUUUUCUCUCUCGCUGCAGUCUAGUUGUACCAUUGUAAAAAGAGCCAAUGCUUGGUAGCACUGCUACAAAGCCCAGACCCUGUCUCUCUUUCCGUCAGUGUGGAUAUUGAUUAUUUCCAGUGGCAGUUCACAGCCUGUAUGCCUUCCCUGGCACCCUGGGGCUAAUUGCUAACACUAGCCGCCACCACCUACUGUCCAAGCAGUGGAGAGCGUCAACUCGUACCUGCAGUGCACCGUCUUCUUCCUCAUAUCAGUCCUAUCUAUCAGUCACACUGGAUGACUUGUCCGUCCCCCUGUUGGGUGAGAUAUUUAAAAAGGCAACUGUCAAUCAGUUCAGCCACCCCACUACUAGAACAGUGGUCUGUUAGUGGUUACCCAAGAUGGGAGGCCGGUGACCUGCAUGUUAUCUGCUAAUGAGUCUGCCCAGCUCCAAACCCAUUUCAUCAAGACUGUCUUCAGCCAGACACUAACCACCUGAUUAGGUCAAUCAUUGUCUUCAUCGAACCGCUUUAGUUUAACCUCUGUGCACUCUGGAGUUCAGAUAAUUAGUUGAGGCGUAUAGAUUAGAAACUGUCUGAAGCCUGCCAACGGUGUAUAUUCAGCACCACUGCUUUCUUCUCUGGUCUAGGGUAAAGGAACACUUUAUGGAAAGACCUCAGCCCCAUUUUUCUGUGCGCUGAAUCAUAUAGUAGGCUAUAUGCAGUAAAAUGCCUGCCUGCCAACACUUACUACGUAGCUCACCUUAAAUUUCCCCAGAUAGCUUACGAUACCGCCUUUUCCCAAAACAAAUCUUUCUGGAAUCUUCUGUCUCGAGACCCAUUGAUGCUAAUAAAUGGAGGGAAGAGGUGACCCUCACUAACAGUCCUGCAAGAGGCAGGAGGAGACAUGGAGCGAUCUCGUAAAUCAGCGCGGAGGCUUUGACCAGGGGGAGCUUAUAGAAUCCAUUUUACCAGGCUCAGCCCAACGGCCAUCCACUGAACUGAAGACGGGUACAUGGUGAGGUCUAGCACCAGCCCCCUUAAAAGCCUUCAACUUCCCCAAAUAGGCCUUUUAGAGUGAAAUGGGUUUUGUUCCUCCAACCAUUUUAGGUCUCUAGACCUCCUGAUUUAUCAUCUGGAAGUCUCAGCCUAAUAGGAUGCACCUUGCAUAGUAAAGGUACUGGAACAUUCUGUAAAAUAUGUUUGUUCUUGAGCAGAAUUAUACAAAUCCUUGCCAUUCACAAUUUGUCCUCUGUUUCUCGCUGAUCUUAUCUGAUAUGCUCCUCUGAAGUCUAAUGAUGCCCUUUUCCCCGUGCCUUCUUGGUUGCAUUUGAAAUGUAACAACUCACUGGGUUGAUGCUGUUUAGAUAUUCUCUGUGUAGCUCAGUCUCUCCUUGUGGCCCGCUGAGAGACGAACGGUUCCUUCCCUCUCCAUCAUGUCUAAUCCUGUUUUGGAAGUCUAGAGAGCACGGGCCCUGUUACAAAUCGUAUCAGUCACAACUUUUUAAUUCACCAUGAGGAGGACGGCGAAAAAUCCCUUUAGAGACUGGAGCUAUUAAUCUUUUAUUUUAUUUUCUUCUCCAGGAGAGAUGAUGUGCAGCUUUUUUUGUAGAUGACCUAACAAUCGACUGGGGCUUUACAUCAUCAUAAAACAGGCUGGCCACACUGCAGAAUGAGAACUAUAAUGGGGUUCCAUUUCUUUGGACCGUCUACAGAGCCACCCCCUGACGUUCAAACCGCGACAAGUAGUCUGUGCCCUUGAUUCUUUAAUCCGUGUGCAUUUCAUCCAGAGUGGCACGUCCUUUUCCCAACUACAACCAUUCGCAGAUUUAUGCAUUCACAUAUAAACAUUGAAAUGGCACUCCACUCCCUUAUGUCUGGAAAACUGCCUCUCUCCUUGGUUGCUUGAACUUGAUUAACGAAUAGUGUGAUGGCUCUGUUGGUUUUUCCCUCUCUCUCUUGAUCCUCGAAUGAGAGAUGAGUUAUCUCAUUAGGUGUCUGAGAUGUAAGCAAUUUCCCUCUGCAGGGCAUCCCAUUAUUUACUUGUCAUGGUUGGUUGAGGUCAGCACACAGAAGAACAUACGUCACAGAACAUAGCUAGUGUCCCAAUGAAAACCCCUCCAGAGUAAUAAGUGGCCUAUUCUCUAACCCUCCUCUGCUUCUCCCUCCUCCAGUUGAACACUGUGACAUGCUGAGUAGCUGUCCAGAGGACGAGCCCAUGACCCCGGGGGAGGAGAGUCUUGACGCAGCCAUCGAUGAGUCCAUGCUGGAGACCAACCCCAUCCAGUCUCCCCUGCAGGUGUUUGCAGGCAUGGGUGGUCUGGCCCUGAUUGCAGAGAGACUGCCCAUGCUCUAUCCAGACGUCAUCCAACAGGUUAGACCGCCACUGAUACAAUUCUAAUACCUAUGUAACUAACACCACCAGUCAAAUAACCCUUUCACAACCUGCUUCAUUGGAAUUAUUUCAUUGUAGUCCUACAAUGUUUAGCCCAUGUUUCUAGAUAUUAUGUUUAUAAUAUAGCCCAUAAUCUAGAGCCUUAUAUUUAAAGGGAAAUGUCACAAUUUUUCAUUUCAUAUUCAUCAGCUCCAGCUCCAGCACCACCCCAACAUCAACAUAUGUGAAAAUGUCGCAUUUCUAUGUUUUGUAGUAAAAAAGAUGCAGUAAGAUUAGUGUUUCCAAUGACAUCGUUGUGCAUCGUGUGAUUUUAACCAAUUAUGAGUAUGCAUUGCCUAAUUGCCUACAUAUUGUCUACUAAUUGGUUGAUGUCAUUGGAAAGACUUAUCUUCCUCUAUAUUUUUUACUACAGAACAUAGACAUUUUCACAUGUCGAUGUUGGGGUGGUGCUGGAGAUGAUGAAUAUGAAGUUGAAAUGUUCCUUUAAGAAGUUCAAGUUACCUUUGCUAUAUAGAACGUUCCAAUGCAGAUCUGCAGUUGCCAAAGUAAUGCCGUGUCUUUACUUUGGGCCCAGCCUAUUGAGAGGCAUGGCAAGUCACUGGGUUUGCCGUUCAGUCUAAAUCCGUAUUUGUCUCCUCUGCGCUCCCCCGGGUGCUACAUCAUGCCUCCUAAAUGAAAGUAAAUGGAUACUUAAACAGUAAUUGCAUAGUGACAAGGUGAGUAGCUGGAAUGGAUUCUGAGAGCUGCCAGGUACUAAAUCUGUUUUUUCUUUUGUUAUUUUCUCCCUCCUCCCAAAUUGUUGCAGCGAAUUGAAUUAUUCAGGCAGUCUCCCAGAGCUACUGGUGGUUUGAAGCAGACGCCCCACGAGGGCUACCAAGUGAGAUUAUUUGUUUUGUACUUAGCAUUGUGAUGACUAUGAAUCAUAUACAUGAUUGGUCGUUGGUUGGUUUAUCAUAACCCUUUCUCAACAGGAUAUUACAUCAUUCUGCCUUAGUUUAACCCUUUGUCUCACUGGAUAGUGUUUGUAGGGCUCUUAAGGCUGUGAAUAAUUGAAGCGUUCUGCUCUCACCCUGAGCGAGACUAUUAGCAAAGUCAACUUAAGGCAUCGAUAUUGAUGCAGGUGAGGCUUUUCUGUUUACCCAGGACUGACUCUGUGUAGUGUUUUCUGAUAGGUUAGCCAAACAGCCCAGGUCUAUACCUUUUGACCCACUGGUGUUAAGCUGUUAACUCACAGCACACCCUGUUCCUGGAGAUCCGCUCUGGCUCUUAGUACAACUGAGCUUGAAUUGAUUAUAUUGAUCACAACUAUGCAUAAAAUAACUUUAUUUCUCUGCAGUGCUGCAGCUCCGAUACUUGCCUUCAUCUUAAAGGGAUAUGUCUGGAGUUUGGCUAUAAAACCCUUUAUCUACUUCCCCAGAUUCCGUUGAACUCAUGGAUACCAUUUCUAUGUCUUAUUCCCAGGGCACUAUGCCAAGUCCCACAGCAGCUCUAUGGAUCUGAAUAACAGCUCUCUAGUUCCAUAUACCCCCUACUACCCUCAGUGCCCAAACACAACACAUGACCUUGAGAUCCCAUCCGAGUCAGCACAUCUGUCAGCAUUGUCUUCUAACCGCAUUUUAACCCUGGUUCGUCCUGUGAAGGUGAGUGCUCCGGUGGUGCCCUCCACCACGCAGGAGAAGCCCAAGGACAGCGACCAGUUUGAGUGGGUCACCAUCGAGCAGUCUGGCGAGCUCGUGUACGAGGCGCCAGAGACCAUGGCCGCCGAGCCUCCGCCCAUCAACAAGUCGUCAGUGCAGACCAUGUCGCCCAUCCCCGCCCACUCGCUGGCGGCCUUCGGUCUGUUCCUGCGCCUGCCGGGCUACGCUGAGGUGUUGCUGAAGGAGAGGAAGCAUGCCCAGUGUCUGCUCCGCCUGGUGCUGGGAGUCACAGAUGACGGCGAGGGCAGUAAGUGACACAACACCUCUCACACAGCUUUAGACGUGGUCAGGAAAACUCCUGGCCCUAUUAAUGGAUGAUUUAUAUGCAUGUUCAUAUUUGGGUACACCGUUGAGGAUGACCAGUUCCCAAUGCUCCCAGUAUAGGAUGCUGCUGCAGGUUUCCUAGGGACAAACAUUGUCAGCCCUAAUAGCAGUUCACUUUUUUACCCGCUAAUGCUCAGACUGACUUUGUCAGGCAGUUGAUCUUGCCAAGCUGUGAACCAAGCGGAUCGAUAAUUCCCUGAAUACAUAGCUAUCAGUGUCAAAAAGUGGCCAAUGCAUGUAAAUCGACUCCUUUAAAAGCUGCCGGCCCCAAGAGUGGGGAGAAAGAGAUGGAAAGAGAGGGAGAGAGAUUUUAAUCCCUCCAUUUACAAUUGAGGCACGUUUGUUCCCCCUGAUGCGGCUCUUCCCCUGCAGUCCUUGAGACUAUACCGGUCUGCGGGCCCUGUGGAUAAUUUAGCCGAAGGACUCACACUGGCUUGUUUAAUAUUGACAAGUCCUACCCUCUCAUACAUUCCAACUCCUCCCCAGCCAACCUCUGCCUUCAUUGUUGACGCCUAUUUAGCUCCUCUCUCCUUCAGGGCCUGAAAUUAACUAUGUUGUCCCUCCAAUGUUUUUUCUUUAGUCCUUGAAAUAAUGGCCCUUAAUGAUUGAUGGACAGCAGGCUGCCAGCUUGUUUAGUGACACUGGUCACAUAGCACACCGUCAGCCUGCCAUUUAGUCGGCGGUUGUCUUCUCUGGCCUCAUUCUCAUAAGUGCUAUAUCGAUGUAUCCAUCCUUUCUGGCCAGUAUUCCUCCACCUCUCUAUGGUGGUCAUCUCUCACACCACCCCUCACACAUUUAUCCAAUGAUAUUAUCAAUCCUCUUCUCUGAUUGACUGUGGGUGUUUCUCAAAAUGCAUACUACCGUGCUCUGAGCACGCAAAUUGGAGCACGGGAGGGUUGGAGUAUGAGUCCAAAUCAAAGUAUGCGAAACGGAGCGCGGAGGUUACUUCUCAAAAGCGUACUACGUUUAUACAUAUUUUAAAGAAUGCUUCGAUGCAAGCUUCAACGGAAAAUAUGCAAAGAAAUAUGAUGCAACCACGUAAAUAAUUACGCAACAUUCAAUGGCGACCAUUAUUUGAGCUGAAGCGAGAGAAAAGUACUGUUUGCUAGCCAGAUUGUUAUCUAUAUUGCGUAAUAUUAGUUUUAGGUCAUUUUUGCCUGAUAAACUAUCUGGUUAGCUACAUUAUUACGAUUUACAUAUAGCGAGCUGAUAGUUAUGAAGUAAAACUGUUGCUUUGUGUAUAGCUUGUUUCAUCUAUUGUUGCCAUUGUUCUGGAAGGUUCAGUGAAUGGGGAGGUGAAGCGUGAGGUAAUACAGUAUGGGGAGUGAGAGUGCUUCUCAAAUGUAAUGUUUUAUGCAUUCUCCACACUCAUCCUCACAAGAACGUACUCAAGAGAGCGUCUUUGGGGAAUGCUCUGAGCAUGAGGGUGUGCAGCAUGGUAGUAGGCAUAUUGAGAAACACCCUGUGUCUCUCCCCUUCCUUGAUUGGCUGUAUCUCUCCUCUCCUUCCUCUUAGGUCACAUCCUGCAGUCUCCGUCGGCCAAUGUGCUGCCCACGCUGCCCUUUCAUGUGCUGCGGGCCCUGUUCAGCACCACGCUUCUCACCACAGACGACGGCGUGCUGCUGCGUCGCAUGGCCCUGGAGAUAGGAGCCAUCCACCUCAUCCUGGCCUGCCUGUCAGCCCUCAGCCACCACGCGCCCCGCGUCCCCAACGCCACUGGGAACUCCUCAGAGGUGAGGCCCAGACACUGGACAUGUCCGAAACACACACACACACACACACACUCUCUCUUUUGGUUAUGUGUGUGUGCUCAACAGAGCAUGAAUGAAAAAACAGUUCACGCACACUCAUACGUCACCAGAUGUGGACAGAUGUCAGUGGAAGUGUGUUCUGUCCAUUUGCGUUCUCUUGUGUUUAUAAUGGACAGAGGAUAAACCUAUUUCGGGUUGGGUUGACAAAGCAUUGCGUGGCGUCUUGUCUAAUGUUCAGAUGCUGCCUCCAAUGCAUUUGGCUUGACACAAUAGGAGGUCCUCACUCUCCAGGGAGAAUUCAGGUGUUUUGUCUUUCCCUCAAUGAGAGAUGGGCGGUGAGGAUCAGUCAUGUUAUUAAUUGCUCUACCUGGCAGGGCUUUACUCAGGGCUCUUACUUAUAUCUCCACUGAGCACUUGACAAAUUGGGUAAUUGUUUAGUGGUAAUGAUAAGAGGCAGGUCUGGCUUUGAAGAGACAUGUCCUUUGUAUUAUUGCCAACUCCAGACAGAAGGGAACAUCAUGAAUAGGAAUUGAAUCAUGGACUCUGACUGCCAUGCCCAUUACAUGGAGUGAUUAGUCUUAUAUUGAGGUUUCUGCUGGGCGUCAACACUUACCUCCUGCUCAAAGCCUUUCAAAGUACUCUGGACUCUUCUAGGACCACUGAGACUCAAAGGAGAUGACUGAGAACUCAGAUCAAAGAACAGAUUGCACCCACCAAAUUGUAUCGAUCACAAUAUUGAUUUUGAUCACUAGAAGCUUAACCUGGCGUAGCAGGCGUAAAAGAUACGCCUAAAACUAGAUCCCCGACAUACUGGUCUUGAUGAGAAGAGAAAAGAACUGUUGGGAGGUUCUCUUCUGCACUGUUCAACCAAUCCAGGAAAUGUGGAGGGGGAGUUGAGAUGGAGUGUCGCCUUGUUAACGUCCAAUAGCGCAAGUUCGCGUCACAGGCUCUUUCCAUUUCACCUGAAAACCAGAAUAUCCGGUUGUUGGGGACUCGGCAGAGGCUACUAGAAGCUCGACGCCACCAGCACCCAGCAAUGCCACCACAAGGGUCCAAGUGCCAUAGAUCAUAGGCUCAAAUUCAGCAAAACCACCAAAGAUUACAUUUUAUAUAGUAGGAUAGGCUAUUACAGUACUACAGCCCAGUGUUACUGUGGAUUGUCUCGACAGGCGCUCCCAUCCACAGACCAGUGUGGAUUUAUGGAGUUGUCAGAGUUGAGGACAGAUCUCCGGACUGAUGGCUUGAGGGCAGGCCAAAGUCCUGUCACAGUGGUAAUGGUUGUCCUUGAGCGUGGCGGCCAGUUAUGUUAUGUGGCCGGAGAUGAGACCGGGGCCAGAGCCGGCGGACGGUCAGUCCACACACACACACACACACACACCCAUCCCUCUUUAUCUGGGAAAGUGAGCCUCCUCCCUUCCCUGAUUGAUGUUCCAGUGCUCAGUGAUUUGUCUCCAACCUCUUAUGACGAGAGCAUAACUCAUCGCCCUGUACUGCUGGGACAGUGUCAGGACUGGGCCCUGCUUCGGCCCUAUACAAAACACACACUAUGGCCAUCUUUUAAAAUAAAGUGAACCGGUCAAAAUCCCAGCAGCCUCAUCCCACCUCCACCUCUGUCAGAAAGGGUGCAGUCUCAAGAAGGCUAAACGUUCUCCUCUCGUCUAACUCGGACAUCCUUUCAUAUCCAUCUCUUAGUUCUCUCUAUUCUAGCAUGCCCCCCGACCCCUCCCCAUACCACUGGGAACUCUCAAUGCCUUUGUCAUACGCACAGCACCAGGUCAACCCGAGCAUACGCUCUCGCCCUCCAAGACUCCUGUUUUUUACAUGAUCUCCUAUUCAAACUGCUGGGUAUGUGCUUGGAGCAGAACUAAAAGUGCCUCAAGUGUAUAACGGGGCUGUGACAAGCAGGGACUGUGGAUAGGCUAGUUAUGUUUGAUGUUGUGAGAUAUUAUUAUUUUUUAAACCUGGAAAACCAGCAUUGCUAUCUCACUCGACCAUUGAUCUGAAGACUGACAUUUGCAAAGGGAAAGUAAUCUUAUUCAAUCCAAAUCUGUAGCCUAUGCUGCAUUCAGGAUAAAUUGGGGUGUUUUGCUGAUUUCAUGAGCUUAUGGAAUGCUAGUAUCUGUAGGCCAGGCCUAUGUUGUCAUCACAAUGGACCACUAGGCUAAACUUUCCCCCUGCUGAUUUCCUGUGUUGUGCUGAUCACUUCCACUGGUUCUGUCUGUCCCCAGCCCACGGUGUCCAGUGGUCAUGGAGGGGGCACCAGUGAGGAGCAGCAGCUGUACUGGGCGAAGGGCACUGGGUUCGGUACAGGCUCCACUGCCUCAGGCUGGGACGUGGAGCAGGCCCUCACCAAGCAGAGGCUGGAGGAGGAGCACGUCACCUGUCUUCUGCAGGUAAGAAUCCCCUACCCCAGGGUUUCCCAAACUCUCUCCGCCCCUCCCGCGCCUGCACUACACAGCUGAUUUGAAGUAAUCAAAGCUUGAUGAGUUGGUUAUUUGAAUCAGCAUGGAGUGCUAGGGCAAGGACCAAAACGUGCACCCAGGGGGGGCCCCUGGAUUGAGUUUGGGAAACCCUGCCCUAGGUGUAGUACAUCCUGAGGGUUUUCCCCAAUGGCAUAAAAGUGUUACCUGGCUAACAAUGGGAAGAUCUAUGCUCUUACAUACUUUAAAUAAGUACUUCCUGUGUAGUUACCUCAGAGUAAAGGCCGGUUUAUAAUCGGUAUAACGACAAGUCUGUAGACAAUCAGAAUGCGACAAGUGUCGCUGGUCAAAACAACAUAUAAUUUAUACUCUGGUGGAAUGUCUGUAGACCGUCGCUGCGACUGUCAGUUUCCUUGUCGCACAGACAUGGAAAAAAGUGAAUGCCUUUGCGACUGUCGCAACGUCCGUUGUCGUGGUUACUGGGCUGCUACAGCAACAAGACCAAAUCUAUUUUUGACGAGUUAUACAAUUCUCAGAUAAAAUGACCUACUUUUAUUUCUUCACACUCACAACACUCUGACAACAGACAUGUCGGUAGACCAACUGUAAAACAGCCUUAAGGCCUACACGUGUUGCUAAAAGUGUAUGUGUGCGCCACUUAUUCUGUCUGUCAGGUGCUGGCCAGCUACAUCAACCCAGCAGGCUGUGUGAGCCACGGAGAGGCCCCUACAGGGGCGAGCAGGGGCCACAACAGCAACGCCCUGCCCACAGUACUGCAGGAGCUGCUCAGCCAGUCCUGCCUCAUUCCAGCCAUGUCCUCCUACCUACGCAACGAUUCC